AUGGAUUGUGAGUUUCAUUUGCUGCGACACUGUCACAACGAACAAUCUGAAUUUGAUAUCAGAAUAAAAAACACUGAUUGCGAGGAAACCAUCGUGCGUCCGUUCUGCAAUAGCCAAGACAUAGAUAUUAUUUUUGGUGAAAAUAAAACAGCUAUAAAAAUUGUCAGGAAACUCAAAUCAGAUCCCCAAAUCUUUGUAACCCACGGUUCCUUGGAUGAAGAUAUGUCCGUGGAAAACGUUGGUGGAAAGAGUGUAGUGUUGUCCACUCGCUAUUUUCAAAUGACCGCAACCGAUCAAAACCUUUUUUUAUCCGUGUCUCCUGAUCUACAAAAUCAGACAUGUGGUCUGUGCGGUACAUUCAACGGAAACGGUAACGAUGAUUUCCGCAAACCCGACAAGGGGGAAGCCGCCACACCGAACGAGUUCUUAAAGAAAUGGUUGAACUUCUACGAUGAAAAUUCAGAUAAGUGCAUGGAAAAUCAACUGGGAGACGACCCUGCCCUCGCUAGUCCCACACAGUUGGAUUAUUGCAGACGGAAUUAUGAGCUUGAGCCUGCAGCCGAAAAGCACGCCUCUAUUCUAAUUAACGGAGACAGUCCGUUUCAAGCCUGCUGGUCAGAGGUGCCAAAAGAAGUUUUUUACGAAAAUGCCGUAGAAGCUUAUUGUAGGCACUCUGUUAGUCUAUGCGACGUCAUAGCCGGAUACGCCAAAGCUUGCGGAGAUAAAGGUGUCGUGGUGCUCAAAUGGAGGCAACGAAGAGAGGUCAUAGAUCUAUGUCAAGAGCGUAAGUAAAUCUUUUAUUUUGAUUUUUUUAUGUUUUCAUUCUCGUGUUCAAAUGAAGGUCCUACACAGGUAACUUCCAAAGAUGUUUUCAUUUGAAGAGGAGCGAGAUUGUCUCCAACAUUAAAUUUUUCUCAUUUUCCCAAAUGGGAAGUUAACAACAACAAGUCUUUGCCAAAUACGCCAAAAACCUUGAACUCACUCGAGUGCGAUCAAAUAAUUACUAGCUCUUCCAAUAUCAGUUUGAUAAAGAGUUCAACACAAAGUUUGAAUGAAGCACAACCGAGUCAGCUCGUUCAAGUACAUGAUCUGCUAAAAUGGGUUUCUCUGUCCUUCUUUGCUUUCUGCCAGCUUACUGUAUUUCUUCUUGCAGCGAGUUGUCCAAGUGAUCAAGAGUUCAGAUACUGUGAUGCAACUUGCCCGCAGACAUGUGGGGAUCUUAAAAACAAACAAGCUUGCCAGAAGUAAGUCUCACAGCUUUGUAGCUUACAGGUGUUUUAGGUUCGCCCCUAAAUAGCAAAGUACAGGCAAGGACUUACCUUUCAAGACCAACCUUGAAAUUCAAGCGGGUAUAGGGUUGAACACAAAACCAGUUACGAAGGAAAAACGAUAAUUUGUUAAUAUUUCAUGUUCCUUUUGGGCUAUUACAUUAUACUGCAUUGUUUAUACCAUUAAAAAAAACAAAAAAAACAAAAAAAAUCUGAGUGGGGUUGACGGUCUACCGUUCAUUGACCAAAUAUGUAAGAUUUUUCAAACAAUAAACCAAUAAACCCUAGUCAGAGGCCAAUUAAGUCGCUUAUAGUAUCUCAGUUAUCUAAAAACCAGCAACGUCAAUCAAUCCGGCCGAUUCAAGCUGACAGAUCUGCUAAAUAAUCUUAAAAAUUUGUUAGUUAAAUGGAUCCAAGGUAUGUCAUAUCCUCACAAUUGACAUGUCAGCUGCACAAAGCCUAUCUGAGCCCUAGUCAUCUAAUGUACAUUUUACGAGUUUGGAACAGCACUGAUUACCUUCUGGAAACAAAUCUGAUGAAGUAAAAGGGUUUUAGCGUACUUGUGAGUGUAAGCCUUUGGUCAGUGUGCAUUUACCUUUCAUUUAACGGUCAUGCUUACUUAGCAGCUCAGAAACAACUUAUUUUCCCAUAAAGUUGAGGUAGCAAUAAAUUCGGCAAAGAUGUUAUACUCAGGCGUUUCUUCUGAGUCACAAUGACUGUUUACGGAAAUACAAAGUUAUACAUACUCUCUCACCGCCAAUACCAUAAAAAGGCUAAUCAGGGCGGUGGAUAGGUAAUCUUCAUUUACGGAGAGAAAAGCGAUGAACAAAAAGAAGAGGUUACCUAUUCAAGUUUUUGUUGUAGCUUCUGGUUUUCACUACGAAAGUUUUAGUCUUAUCCUACUUCAUAAUUUCAGGGAAGGGCUUACUCUGUAAAGCUAGCCAAACCAUAACAAGGCUAUUAAAAGAAAGUGUACAGUACUUCCGCACAGCUCCUCAAAAAACAUGACCUUUUCGUUUAUUUUUAGCAAGUAAAAACUGAUCGUUUUAUUUCCUUUCUUCCUUUUCAGUCGUGGAUGCAUAGAAGGUUGCUUUUGUAAAAAGAACGGCACGGUUCUGAGGGGAAACGAGUGUAUUGAAGAAGAUGAAUGUGCAGAACAUCCGGGUUGGUAUAUUUUACUUUUAAGCAUAGAACGACAUCAAAGAAGAAAGAUUGUAAAAAAUAGGGGACAAAAAUCGCUAGGAAUGAAUAUCAUUAACACAUACAAUGCAUCGUCACAGGAAAUGGCUGUGCAUCUAAGUCUCCCGUCUGUGUUUUAAAGCAUAUAACUUUUUCGAUGAAGCUCGAAACCAAAUGGUAAAUCGUUAUUUUUUCUCGUUAUCAAAAAGCUUGGUCUUGAGUGUCGAGUUUUCUUUGCCCUGCCUUUGACUUAUUUGACAGUUGUUUUAAACGUUGGUCAAUUUUUUCUUCUCAUAAUUUGCGUUACUCUGGUUGUUGGUUAUUCCUUGAAAAUCAUGCGCAUAAUUUUGGAGCGCUGUUGGCUAAAUUCAGUCGAUCUGUGCAUGCCCGAUGUUUGACCGCUAUGUUAUUCGAUUGUUAGAUCAAGCCCUUCAGUAGUCACCGUAAACCAAACCCAUGCCUUGAUUCUAAAACGCAGACUUAUGAAUUUUAAUCAUACAGUAUUCCCAAAGCACUGAAUUUGAAAAUGAUGCUUUUUACGACAUCAAUUGACUCAUGGAAACAGCAAUCGAGCUCAAGGUCUAUUGCAAGUUUUUUUAAAUCUAACACGAACUCUUUUACAUUGUAUGAAACCUUCUAGUUGAGUGUGAAGCAGAGGAUCAGGUGUACAAUUCAUUUGGACGUACUUGUUUGGGUUUGGAAUAUGGCGUUCCGGUGGAUAACAAACCUGGAUGCCACUGCAAGGAUGGUCUUUACUGGAAUGAAUACAAAAAGAAGUGCGUCCAGAAGGACCAAUGUGGAUGCAUCCACGAAAAUGAAUAUUACGAAAAAGGGGAACCUUCACCAUUGGAAUGUUCAACGUAAGUACUAGUACGUCAAAGGUAGGAUGUAGGUGGUGGGGAAAAAGGAGUAAGGGAGAGUCUAGCUUGUUAUUUUCAAGAGGUCUUACUGCGCUUCACCAUGUUCUGAAUCAUUCUAGUGACGAAUAUAGCAAACUGUUUAAAUGGAAUAAAAUAUAAGUAGCGUAACUAUUGUGAAAUUUGAGUUAAAAGCCUAAGAAAGAACACAUUCCAAGGUGAUUCUGUUAAUCAUAACGACUAAUCUUGUCUUUUCCUAAAGCAAAUGUUCUGGCGCACGAACAUGGAUUCCUCAGCCUGGUGUUGAUCCACUACCUGAAUACGAAUGCGCUGCGUUCGGUCAGGAGCAUUACCGAACAUUUGACGGCAGAUGGAUCAGAUUUAGUAGCCUCGAACUCUGCGAAUACCAACUCAUGCUGAUAAAGGGCACCAAAAAUACGGUCAGCGUUGCAAACGAGCCAUGCGUGGACUCACUAGAGCUGCAAAUGUGUAAGAAAGUAGUGAUUGAAACAGGAGAAGGAUCAAUCGAACUCUUUCAGAGGACUAUAAAAAUCGAAACCGAAGACUCGUCUACACAAUAUGUACCUGGGACCUACCCUGAACCAUGCACGAGAAGUGUGUUAGACAAUGCAGAGAUUUUCAGCAUGGGAUUAUUUAUCAUCGUGCGGGUUUUCAACCCGAACGAUCCUUUCAAACCCUUGUUUGAGGUUUGUCAAAAUUGUUGUAACUUUAUUUUCCUGAUUAAUCACAUUUUGCAGAGUUCUCCUUUUAAGCUUUAUGUGGAGCAGUACACAGAGGUUUUAAUAAUAGCCAGUUUCUGCAGGUCAUAAGGACUAUCAUUGCAGUUGGUUUAGAUUUAUUUGUUUUUAUUUCCAGAUGUUUUGGCCGUUUCAUCGUAACAGCCGCCUUCUUCUAUCCUCGGCAGUCAAUCAUGAUUGAAAUUCAGAAUUCCUGUUUGGUAAAAACUUGAGAACUGGGAUUGAAAAUUGAAGGUUGAGGCUGACAAACCCUAACCGGUCAUCAGCUAGUUAUUCGAAAAGAUUUGAUAAGCUAUGGAAUGAGAAAAUUAUGUAGAAUUUGAGCAUCGUUUUGUUCAAUUGCAUGAAGGUCUAAUAUUACCGUUACAUCACAACUUUGAAUUUGUUUAUUCUCCGUCUCUUACUACAGGUGAAAUUCGACAAAGGUAACCGAGUCUACAUUACCCCCAAUUCCAAGUUUAAAAAUCAAGAUAAACUUGUUGGAAUUUGCGGUAACUUUAACGGAAAGGAUGGGGAUGACGUUAUGUUACGGAAUUACGAACCCGCGAAAACCCCUAAAGAAUUUGGUGAUAGUUGGAGGAGUAGCGCUGACCCUGUAUGCGAAAAUAGUGUAAGCACCAAUUAUUGGCAAGUGUGUGUAAAUAACACUGACCGAUUGAGUUGGGCAGUAAAAGGUGAGCUGAAUGGGUAUUUUAUAAAGGAAACUUAACUAGUGUUCACCAGUGUCUUAGUAUCCCUAAAUUGCUCUAGCUCUCAUGUCUGGUGUCCCAUGGAUCAGGGAGUUGUUUAUUACUAUGAUACAGCCACGAUUUUCGAAAGAACAAUGACGGCAAUGGCAACAUAGGUUAAUCGAAAAGUUAGGAAACAUUGGAAAAUAUGAAGUAACUCAGAAAGUUUUAUAUUUAUAAAUUUCCAAGUUUCCUUAGAGAUGUUUACAGAGAUGCUCAAAAACAAGUAUAUAAUAUCGUAAAAGCAAAACCGAAGUAAUCACUACGGGCAAUAAAUAAGGGAAAAUACCCUAAAGAGCCAAACAAAACUCGCCUUAUUUUCACUACUGCUCAAGUAGUGUUCAUUACUGCGAGGAUCGCUUUCAUAUUCACGUCUUUAUCCACAGUUCAAAUAUAUGACUUUCAUAUAUUCACUCUCGUUUAGUAAUAACAAAGCGAACUGCCCAAAGUGCAGGAAAACGCGUGCAUGUGAUUGGUUGAGAAAGUAGUGCAAAGUUUCUGGACGAAUUUUAGAGUGGAGUAAAGCAAUGCAGUAUUACUUUCGACACUCAAUUGAAAACUGGUCUUUUUUCUUUGACUAUUACUACCCUUUAUAUCAAAGUUUUUAUUACAUGUAGUAAUCAAAACUAUAACAAAAUUCUCGAACGUUAUUGGUUAUCACCAGCCCGAUUUGAGCACUCGUAGGACGGUGUACGCGCCAUGCUUAUAAUUGGACAGUGUUAUAGGACAGUGAACGCGUCCUGCUUGUAAUUGGACAGUGUAACAGUGCAGUUAAAGGGACAAUUGACACGUCAUACUUGUGUAAGUGGAAGGACCGCGUAAUGUGCGCGCGCUGUUGUCUCGCAUUUUCCCAGUUAGCUGUUGUUGUUGUUUUUUCCUGAAAACGUAUACUCCGUUUCUAGUUUCUUUCUCAAAUUUUGUCACAGUUAUGAUUCAUUGGUAACAAGACUUCUUGUCGUCCAAUUCUAACUGUAACCAUACUCGUGAUUAACAAAUCGGACUCCCGCUUAGCGGUCGUCCGAUUUUGUUAAUCACUGGUAUGAUUACAGACCGAAUUGGACUCCUCGGUCCAAUUUCCAUUAUAAAUACAAAAUUAAUCAUUGGCCUGUCUCACUUUUCUAUGUAGGAUGUGGAAUGCUCAUGUCGGACAAGAACUUUUCCGCCUGUCACGCGGUUGUUCCACCACAGGCAUAUUAUGACGCCUGUAUUCACGAAACAUGUUUGUGCAACAAAGGAGGCGACUGUGCAUGCUACUGUGCGGCUAUUGCCACCUAUGUGAGAGCUUGUAAUCAGCAUGGAAUCUCAAUCACGUGGCGUCGAGAAGGAUUUUGUGGUAAGUGCUGGAUAGAAUGACAUUUAAAGAUAAUUCUGCUAUAUGAUGUUUCUAUCCAAUCAACUCGCCUCGUUAGAAAACAAAGAAAGAUUAUUAAACUCCUGAAAUAUAUUUUUUCUCUCCGCUAUAUUUGAAAAUCUGAAUGAAAUUAUGACACUGGUCGUGUCUUAAGGUUCCAAGAGAAAAUUGAGAUUUAUCUUUUUUUAUUGUGUUCCUACAAAAUCCAACCGUGCACGUAGUCAUUUCAAACACCCCCUAGCUAUCACCAAGCUCACAGAAGAGCUACACUCGAAUCGUUUUCAUCAGACUUGAAGAGCGGGCACAAUGAAAACAGAAAGACGCAUUACCAAAGCAGCGACAAUUUUUGGACGCAGUGCUUUGUUUUCUGACAUUUGAAUUGAGUGGCGGGGUCCGCGUGUUUACUUUUCUAAAGCCAGAUAUAGAUAUCAAAUGGUCUACUCCCUCUUUUCAAAGUUAGCCUGGGGACAUUUUAGCUUGGAUGCGUCAACGUUGUCAUUUAUAAGUCUAUGCCAUUCUGGAAUAGACAGGCUGUCAUGUCUUGAUGUCGGUCCGCAAAGGGUAUGCAGCAUUGCAACUCUUAGCUCCACUAUUAGUUUAAAUCAUUGCUUUUGCGAGCUAUUGACAGUGUCCUUCGUUCAUUAGAGCACCAUGGAAUGACCAAAAUCAAUGAAAUUCCAACCUUCUAAGAUAAUGAUGAAUGAAAAAUGAAAUGAAGCAUUCUACCUGAAGUGUAAGGAAACAUUAUGGGAUAGGAUUUCAGCAGUGAACACUGAUUUCACGAGGUGUCUCUUUUUGUCUACUGUUUCCAGGUCGAAUUGGAAUUUACAAUGUUCAAAACGUUGGUGAAUAGGUCGCAAUUGGUUCAGCCUCGCCUCUAAUCAACGUAACAAUUAGGGUAAAUGUACUAAACCAAUAAUGUGGCAAAAAUAGGCAAAAUCGGUGCAAUCUUGGAUUACUUUCAACAAUUAAUUAAAAAUUUCUCUAACAAUCAGCAUAAAUUUGGUCCAUAUUUUAACAGAGCUUCCUUGUUGCCGACCCUGCGCAAACAGUGGUGGAUAUGAAGCAAACAUUACCAUUCCUUCUGCUUGCGAAAUAAAUGACGAAUGUCCUGUAGCGAACGAAAGAUGUUGUCGUGGAACAAGAGUUGAGGGUUGUUCAUGUCCUAAUGGGACAUACUUCAAUGGAAAGAAAUGCGUUGAGCAGAAGGGUGAUUGCGACCGGCCUUGUACGUCCACCAGUAGUUCAUCUAUGUCAAGUACAAGGUUGGUAUAGAACCAUGUAAGGUACAUUACUAUAUGGGAGGGUAGCCCGGAGGUAAAUGAUUCUUAUUGGCUCAGUUUUAUGCCAUAUGGACUGUUUCCAUGCAAACGGUCAUGGGCCUUUUAUUUUUUGUUCGCGAAAGCCAGAAAAUAAACAAGUUUACUUCGACUGUCAUAUAGUAAACUACUUAUUAAAAUUGCUACAGCCGUAUGUAGAAAUAUUGCCCUAGGUAGUUUUUGUGCGGUCCUCACUGCGCUCGGUCCGUAUUGCCAUGACCUUGGGCAAUCCUCACGCUCGGUAAGAAAGGGGUUAUUAUACAAUAUGAGAUGUUGAAACCUAUUUGCAUCGAGCAGAUCACUACAUUUUCAAAGAAUAGAUAAGUUUGGUAAUGGAGAAAAACGCCAAAAUGUUUAAUAAAAGCUGCAAGGAGCUGGCUUGGUUAGGGAUUGAUAAGAUUAACUUAAGGCUGUAAUCUUCAACUUCACAAUCAUCGUGCAAGACGGCAAAGAUUUUAAAUUAAAAAUAACUGUUUUGACUGUUACAUUGUUACUUACAAAUUUUCUAGAGGUUGCACCACUUCGUUUUCCGAUCAAUUUUAGUUUGUGACUCCACCUUCUUCACGAAUGUUCACUUUAUAAAUAACCUUGGGUUUGUAUAUUUAGCAGCUGAAAACUGAUUUAGGAAACUGCGACAAAUAUACCAAAUGAGCACUUGAUACAUAUAUAAAAAACCAUCGAAAUACAUAUGGACAAUAAAAUCUAAAUAUCAAAUAUAAACAUAUCAUAUAAAUAUUAAAUAUUAUAUGAUUUUUAGAAUUAGAAAAAGGUUUAAAAAUUAAGAUGAGUUAAUUCAGAAGCGGAGCAGCAGAAGUAAAUACCCUCUAUGCCCUCGGCCCAUUAUACAGUUCUAUGUUACCUUCUUUGAGAACUCCAAUCAGAUGGUUUUUCUCUAUCUUUUUUUAAAGCGUAUCUACGUCGAGUUCAAUUUCCACUUCGUCAUCAAUAUCAUUAAGGUAAUAAAGUUUGCUGCUUUUCAAAAUGUAUUUCUUUCGACUGAUACAUGUGAAAAUAAUUUUAGUUAGAGGUGAGACUUAAUUUUUAAGGUUAUACGAAUAUUCUAAUAUUCUAAUUUCUUUUUUAUAAUCAACCAACCUGUCUUCACCAACCAUGAAAUUCUUCCAAUAAGUUGUGUUUUCUUUUUCUUUUAAAUAGUUCAAUCUCCACUUCGUCUUCAAUAUCAUCAAGGUAAUAAAAUGUGUACACCUAAGGAAACUGGCGAAUGCCUAUUUCAAAUGUCUAUCUUUGAAAUUUUUACACGGUUGCGUUCUGCAGGGGCGACCAAUCCACCAUCAGUAAAUUUCAGAUUAAGAGAUAUUUUAAAAUAAUUUUCUCAUUCAAAGCUCGCCCUGAAAAUCUUUCAUUUCAGUGUGUCCACUUCAAGUUCGAUUUCGACAUCUUCAUCAGCAUCCUCAUCCUCGUCUGUAUCAACUUCUUCAAGGUAAUACCUUUUUUUUACAAUUUUAUUUAUUUAUAUUUAUUUAAGCUUCAGCUACACAAAUUUCACGUACGUUAAAAAAAACAUAAACUUGUAAGAAAUGGAGAAUUACAGGAAAUAAGGGAAAAGUUCAUGGUCACCAAAAAAGCGAAAGCUGUCGAUUUCGCCAUUACCAUUACCAUUACCACAGUAAAAUUACAAAGAAUUCUAGAAUAGAAUAUAAUUACUUAAAUUUAGCUAGAAAGAGUAUAAAAAUAGUGAAAUAUAACAUAAACUUAUCUAAAAAUUUUGAUACUCAUAUCUGGCAACAGAGGAUAAUCUGCAUAUACUAUAUUUAAAUAGAUUGAAAGGCAUGCAUUUAGUCUGAAACGGAAUCACUCCUCAAAUUUUUUAUUCCAGUUUGAUUCCAGUAUCAGAAUUAUAUACCUCGACAUCUCUAAUUUAACCACUCCUGUUUGUUUCAAGGCUUCGUGAAGCUUUCCAAUGAUAAUGUUAUAUCUAUGAAAAAAAAAAAAAAAAAAAAAAAAAGGAGACAAGAUUGACUCAUGAUCAUAUUUUAAAGUUGGUAAAUGACAGAAAACAACAAAAAAAAACAACAACAACAAAAAAAACUGCAAUUUUAUAAGCAACUCACAUCUGAGAAGUCUUGUUUGGUUCUUGCUGCGUCGACUUCACCGUCGGUAACGACUUCAUCAAGUGUUUCAACACCAACUGCAACAGGGUAGAAGAAGCUCUAAUCCAAAAUUAUACUAUGUCCCAGACUGGAAAACGCGCGCUUUACUUUGCUUGGGUUAGAGCGUAAUAUCGAACAUUUUAAACAGCGUUAAUAAUGUAAAUUGGCCAUUGUAAAGAGUUUCAAAGCUGACGUUCCGAACGUUAGCCCUUCGCUAUUCGCUCUGACGAAGGGCAAAAGUUCGAAACGUUAGAUUUGCAACUAUUUACGUUGGCCAAUUUAGGUUAUAAGCUCAGUUUAUAAUACCAAAUUACCCUGUUAUAUUUUCACACAGCAGCAGUAAAGUUUCUUCAGAAACUUACCCUCUUAUUUUAAAACAGCCUUUGAAGGAAUCCGAUGCUCACAAUGAGUUUGUUUCCUUUUAGUGCAUCGACUUCAAGUUCUGUUUCCACGUCCUCUUCAGUGUCAACGUCUUCAAGGUACGUGUAACGGUAAAUGAUUAUACUCGAUCCAAAUUAAGUUACACCAGUUGUCGUCGAGUUCAUCGACAUCGUCGUCAGUAUCGACUGUGAGACAUUUCCUUAUCAUUACAAAACAACGAUAGCAAAAAUAAAAGCUAAGGUUCCCAAAGAUAUAUCCACUCUUAAAUAUCUCAAUAGCCUUUGGUAAACACCUAAAUAAAUAGAAUAGAAAAGGUCAAAAUUCGUGUUACGGUGUAUUAUCCUAGUUCAAUUGCUGGAAGCUCUUUCAUAGACAAGGUUGUUUUCAAGUGCCUUAUGGAUAUAGGGCACAAAGGAAUCAGAACUAUGUUUACUUACAUGCUAAAGAAGAGAAGGAAAUACGUGAAUAUGCUAGAGGCAGUAUACGUCUCUGUUAUGUUUGUUAGCUACCUCCCAAAUAAUCUUAAUAAGUUUAUUAUUUUCAUUUUGUUUAUUAUACGUUCCAGCAGCCCACAAAGCUCUACAUACUCCACAUCAUCACUUUCCACCAGUGCGUCUUCUACAACUGUCUCCACCUCACUGUCAUCAGGAAGUACAAGGUAGAAACAAUUUAAAACUCCUUCUCUUUAAGUGAGCAGUGAUCGUAUAUUUUUGUUAUUGAUAAAAAUUACGAAAUUGACACCAUUAUUUGUGUAAACCCCAAGGCCUAUUUCUUCCAUAGAACAUAACAGUUUAACACAUCUGUAAAACUGGAAUUUGACACUGAUGUACAUUGCUGAUAUUGAUGAUUCUAAGGAGAGAAUAAAUCACUAUUUUUUUCUUUAGCAUUUCUUCGUCAAGCCUAUCGUCAUCAAGGUAUGAUGAUUUUUUUUCCCUAUGGGUAUCUUAUUCCCAACUGCGCAUAACUACACCAUUGUAUUAGUAGUUUAGUCACUAUGGUUUUCAAAUACCAAUUCUGAUUAGCAAAGAUUUUGAAUUUUAAAAUGUGCAUUAUUAUGAGUGAUGGAAAAACUGACGAGGUGACAAUCGAUAUUUCAGUGUCUCCUCAUCAUCACCGUCGUCAUCAAGUACUUCAAUAUCGUCAUCAGUGUCGACAUCUUCGAGUGUGUCAACGUCGUCAUCAGUGUCGACAUCUUCGAGCUUAUCAACCUCGUCAUCAGUGUCGACAUCUUCGAGUUUAUCAACCUCGUCAUCAGUGUCGACAUCUUCGAGCUUAUCAACCUCGUCGUCAGUGUCGACAUCUUCGAGUGUAUCAACCUCGUCGUCAGUGUCGACAUCUUCGAGUUUAUCAACCUUGUCAUCAGUGUCGACAUCUUCGAGUUUAUCAACCUCGUCAUCAGUGUCGACAUCUUCGAGUGUAUCAACCUCGUCGUCAGUGUCGACAUCUUCGAGUGUAUCAACCUCGUCGUCAGUGUCGAAAUCUUCGAGUGUAUCAACCUCAUCGUCAGUGUCGACAUCUUCGAGUGUAUCAACCUCCUCGUCAGUGUCGACAUCUUCGAGUGUAUCAACCUCGUCGUCAGUGUCGACAUCUUCGAGUGUAUCAACCUUGUCAAGGUAAUAUGGGCAUACUUUGACAUCAAUGCUUCAAUGCAAUAUAGCUAUUAAACACUUCUGUGCCUGUAUGUUUUCCGACUGAUUUUGUUGCUUUCGCAGUUCGAUUUGAUUUUGUUGUUCACAUCUAAAGGGCUUAAAGAACUUUUGCAUAGUAGUGUUUUAUCAGAUAUGAAAGUUCGGAUAGUUUUUGGAACUAAUAAGAGAAUAAAAAAAUGCACAAAAUUUACGUGAGCAAUGAUUUUUCCUUUUAUAGUGUAUCCACCUCAAGUCCUCUCUCUACCCAGAAAUCUCAGACAGAAUCAAAGGUGUCAACGAGGUUUCCCUCAACGUACACUUUUUCGAAACCCUCCGAAACAGUUUUUUCAUUGUAUUCCAGGUGAGUUCACAAAGCACCUUCUAUUCUCACUCAACUCCAAUCACAACACGAAAAUCAUACAUUGGAGUCUUUAGUUUAUUGUGAUUAACGAUUGUAAAUAAUAAGCUUUCAUUUUUUUGAUUGACUAAUUUUUUGAAUGAUAGUUACGUUCGUAGAAAAAAAAGGGUUUUUCUCUUCAAGGCUGUCAACUUUUUGACAAAUAUUUAGUAACGAAGAUGCAUAACUAUUGAAAUAAUUCCACAAAUAGUAAAAAAAAUUUGAGUGAUUGCAUGUGGGACAUUCUUUUCAAUGUUUACGUGUUACUAACUCAUGUUUGUAUACACGGCUUCUAGCCGUUUUAGUUUUAUUUGGAACAAGAAACAAUUAAAAGUAAAUGUCGUGCGCCAGUUUGCAGGUGCCGGAUCCACAUACUUUAUCUAAAUCUGUGCGUUUAACCUGGAUCUCAAGGUUUUUAACAUUCGACUUGAAUAUCGCAGAAACUUGAAAAACUAUUGCAACAAUAUAGCGGACUGUUCGAAAAACAUCCUGGACUAGAUGAACCUUUACAAAAAUGGCAAUGGUCAUAAAUCUAACUCUAUUUAACUAUUUGACUUUAUUCCAUCGUAUUGAUGGAAAUAGCUUUUCUUUAAACAUUUUUACUCAAGGUAACCUGGAUGAUAAUGGAAUUCCUAAGAAAUAUACAGUUACAUGAACAUCAACUACGCAUAGCCAGAUUUUUAAGGCCAGGAAGCCUUACAGUUGCAGAAAUAACUUUUCCUUUUAUCCCUUUACCAAACACUGACCGUCUGUAAUGAAAUACAAAAAAGAAAGCAUCGAUUGGAAAUCAAAUUUUACAGCAAUUGGCAAAACAUGUAAAGAAAAAAAUACGACAAUUUGAUUUUAAGUUACAGCAUAGACUAAAUGUCACCGAGAAGACUUAUGCACAUAUGGUCAAAGCGAGGGAAAAAGGUUUUAUAUCACAAUUUGUCAGUCAUUAUUCUCCACAUUUUCUAGGUAUUUCACUACAGUCAAGAAUUUUUUUCGGAAACUGUUAAUCGGUUUAUUGUAAAAUAUGCAUGCAUUUUAUCUUUAUCGCACUUCGAAAAAUUAUUUGGAACAACUACAAAAACCAAUUACUAUGAGUGUUUAUUAUAGGCAAAAUAUUAUUUAUACCCCCAAAAAAGAAUUCCAAAGUAAGCAGUGUUGACGCGUUUAUUUUAUUAAUUGACGGAAAAUGAAACAUUAAGAGUCGUCUUAAGAAAAAAAGGAAAUAUUAGUGGAAAAGCUUCUGACCUUAUGCAUGAUCAAUUUCCACGACAAUGUGAAUUUAUAUUUUUGUACUAUAUUAUGUUAUAUUGUUUCUUUCACAAUUAUAACGUUUUUAUUUUAUCUUAAUUAUUUUUGCAAGUAAUAUUAACGAUAUUACAUUUGUUCUGUUAGAUGGAAUAAACCGUAAAAAAAAAAUAAAAUAAAUAGAUAUCUCAUCCAUCAAAACGAUUUUUUAUUUGGUCGCCAGUUUUUCGGGAAUCUCAACAAGCACUUCAACAUCGUCAUCGGUGUCGACAUCAUCUAGUGCUUCAACUUCGUCGUCACUUUCUUCCUCGAGCUUUUCAACAUCAUCAUCAGUGUCAACAUCAUCUAGUGCUUCAACUUCGUCGUCACUUUCUUCCUCAAGCUUUUCAACAUCUUCAUCAGUAUCCACAUCAUCAAGUGCUUCAACUUCGUCGUCACUUUCUUCCUCAAGCGCUUCAUCAUCGUCGUCAGUGUCGACAUCAUCUAGUGCUUCAACUUCGUCGUCACUUUCUUCCUCGAGCUUUUCAACAUCGUCAUCAGUGUCAACAUCAUCUAGUGCUUCAACUUCGUCGUCACUUUCCUCCUCAAGCUUUUCAACAUCUUCAUCAGUAUCCACAUCAUCAAGUGCUUCAACUUCGUCGUCACUUUCUUCCUCAAGCGCUUCUACCUCGUCGUCAGUGUCGACAUCAUCUAGUGCUUCAACUUCGUCGUCACUUUCCUCCUCAAGCUUUUCAACAUCUUCGUCAGUGUCGACAUCAUCGAGUGCUUCAACUUCGUCGUCACUUUCUUCCUCAAGCUUUUCAACGUCGUCGUCAGUGUCGACAUCAUCAAGUGUUUCAACCUCGUCGUCAGUGUCAACGUCAUCGAGUGUUUCAACUUCAUCUUCGAUAUCUACGUCAUCGAGUGUGUCAACAUCGUCAUCGGCAUCAACUUCAUCCAGUGCUUCGACAUCUUCAUCAGUGUCGACGUCGUCGAGUGUGUCCACGCCAACCACAACAAGGUACGAUCUGAAUAUAUCAUUUACUGUCUUCGAGUUAUGCUUUUCUUUACUUAAACGUUGACAAUUCAGUAUGGUCGUAAGAGAUUAGACUAAAUUGGUCUGCAUACGGGACUAAAAAAGUAGAUUUCAUGCCUCAUUCGUUUCACAAGAGGUGCAAAUACGGAGGUACAUACAGCCAACCUGCUUCAUGAUAGAAAUGGCUAUCAUCUACAACCUGGUAAUGAUUGAAUAUUACCCCUAGACAUUUAUAAUGAGUUUCCAAUAUCUUUGUAUAAUUAUAUUUGUAGUGAGACUUAUACAACGUCCUCGAGUGUGUCAACCUCCUCAAGGUAAGUAGUAUGUUGAGAGUAAAAUGCAUUUUCAGUGUUUUGAUCAUAAAGUCGCUAGAUAAACAAUAGUUCUACUUGAACAAAAUAACCUGUUGAUUGAUAAUUUACUGAUCCUAGAUCAAAUCCAUACUUCAUAUGCCUUUAUCGCAAUCGAAUCUUUUAAUUUUCUUUAAGUGUGUCAACAUCAAGUUCAGCAUCAACGUCAUCGAGUGUGUCGACCUCGUCAAGGUAAGAAAUGACGAUUGUUUUACAUCGCCUUUUUUCAUAUAUACAUAGAGUGGUUAGUGGCUUUAUCUAUAUUUGGUUAGGUACAUUGCUUUGAACACUUUCUAUCAUUUUAUGUGACGCUUAUACACUGCUAAGAUAUAGCAAUUUACAUCCUUGUUUUCAGCGUGUCAACGUCUAGUUCUUUGUCAUCAUCGGCGUCAACGUCCUCGAGUAUUUCAACACCAACCACGACCAGGUAUAGAUUAAACUUUUUUGGACGGGGAGACUUUUUGUUUAAAAACCUCCAGAGAUGUCAACAUUUCUUUUACAGGAAUAUAUAUAUCCUAGGCAAUGCAUUCAUCCCUCUGUAAAUCAUGUUUCAUCGUACUUUAGUAUUUCUACAUCAAAUUCUUCGUCCAGAUAGUCGUUGAUAUCUAGUUGAAAACUAAAAAUUCAUUUCAGUCGUUCAAGAAAAAAAUUUUUCAAUAGAGACUAUCAUCGAGUCGUUGAUGUGAUUAUGUAUUAGAUGUCAGGAAGGUGGCUGUUUUAUGCAACAGUAGUUCAUCUCUCCAUAGUGUCUCUACAUCAAGUUCUGUGUCGACGUCAUCGAGCAUUUCCACAUCAUCGUCUGUGUCAACAUCAUCAAGUGCUUCAACCUCGUCGUCAUUGUCGACAUCAUCAAGUGCUUCAACCUCGUCGUCAUUGUCGACAUCCUCAAGUGCUUCCACAUCCUCAUCGGCAUCGACACCAUCAAGUACUUCAUCGUCAUCGUCAGUGUCGACAUCACCAAGUGUUUCAACAUCUUCAUCAAUAUCGACGUCAUCAAGUAUCUCAACAUCAUCAUCGGUAUCAACUUCAUCCAGUGCUUCGACAUCUUCAUCAGUGUCGACGUCGUCGAGUGUGUACACGCCAACCACAACAAGGUACGAUCUAAAUAUAUCAACUGUUGUCUUUGAGUUAUGCUUUUCUUUACUUAAACGUUGACAAUGCUACUACUAGCCAAUGCAUUCAUCCCUCUGCAAAUCAUGUUUCAUCGUACUUUGGUAUUUCUACAUCAAAUUCUUGGUCCCAGUUGUCGAUGAGAUCUAGUUGAAACUAAAAAUUCAUUUCAGUCGUUCAAGAAAAAAAUUUUUCAAUAGAGACUAUCAUCGAGUCGUUGAUGUGAUUAUAUAUUAGAUGUCAUGAAGGUUGGUGUUUUAUGUAACAGUAGUUGAUCUCUCCAUAGUGUCUCUACAUCAAGUUCUGUGUCGACGUCAUCGAGCAUUUCCACAUCAUCGUCUGUGUCAACAUCAUCAAGUGCUUCAACCUCGUCGUCAUUGUCGACAUCAUCAAGUGCUUCAACCUCGUCGUCAUUGUCGACAUCCUCAAGUGCUUCAACAUCCUCAUCGGCAUCGACACCAUCUAGUACCUCAUCAUCAUCGUCAGUGUCGACAUCAUCAAGUGUUUCAACAUCUUCAUCAAUAUCGACGUCAUCAAGUAUCUCAACAUCAUCAUCGGCAUCAACUUCAUCCAGUGCUUCGACAUCUUCAUCAGUGUCGACGUCGUCGAGUGUGUCAACGCCAACCACAACAAGGUACGAUCUGAAUAUAUCAACUAUUGUCUUUGAGUUAUGCUUUUCUUUACUUAAACGUUGACAAUUCAGUAUGGUCGUAAGAGAUUAGACUAAAUUGGUCUGCAUACGGGACUAAAAAAGUAGAUUUCAUGCCUCAUUCGUUUCACAAGAGGUGCAAAUACGGAGGUAUAUAUAGCCAACCUGCUUCAUAAUAGAAAUGGCUAUCAUCUACAACCUGGUAAUGAUUGAAUAUUACUCAUAAACAUUUAUAAUGAGUUUCUAAUAUCUUUGUAUAAUUAUAUUUGUAGUGAGACUUAUACAACGUCCUCGAGUGUGUCAACCUCCUCAAGGUAAGUAGUAUGUUAAGAGUAAAAUGCAUUUUCAGUGUUUGAUCAUAAAGUCACCAGAUAAACAAUAGUUUUACUUGAACAAAAUAACCUGUUGAUUGAUAAUUUACUGAUCAUAGAUCAAAUCCAUACUUCAUAUGCCUUUAGCGCAAUUGAAUCUUUUAAUUUUCUUUAAGUGUGUCAACAUCAAGUUCAGCAUCAACGUCAUCGAGUGUGUCGACCUCGUCAAGGUAAGAAAUGACGAUUGUUUUACAUCGCCUUUCUUCAUAUAUACAUAGAGUGGUUAGUGGCUUUAUCUAUAUUUGGUUAAGUACAUUGCUUUGAACACUUUCUAUUAUUUUAUGUAACGCUUAUAAACUGCUAUGUUAUAGCCAUUUACAUCCUUGUUUUCAGCGUGUCAACGUCUAGUUCUUUGUCAUCAUCGGCGUCAACGUCCUCGAGUAUUUCAACACCAACCACGACCAGGUAUAGAUUAAAUUUUCUUAGACGGGGAGACUUUUUGUUUAAAAACCUCCAGAGAUGUCAACAUUUCUUUUACAGGAAUAUACAUAUCCUAGCCAAUGCAUUUAUCCCUCUGUAAAUCAUGUUUCAUCGUACUUUAGUAUUUCUACAUCAAAUUCUUGGUCCAGAUUGUCAUUGAUAUCUAGUUGAAAACUAAAAAUUCAUUUCAGUCGUUCAAGAAAAAAAUUUUUCAAUAGAGACUAUCAUCGAGUCGUUGAUUUGAUUAUAUAUUAGAUGUCAGGAAGGUUGCUGUUUUAUGUAACAGUAGUUGAUCUCUCCGUAGUGUCUCUACAUCAAGUUCUGUGUCGACGUCAUCGAGCAUUUCCACAUCAUCGUCUGUGUCAACAUCAUCAAGUGCUUCAACCUCGUCGUCAUUGUCGACAUCAUCAAGUGCUUCAACCUCGUCGUCAUUGUCGACAUCCUCAAGUGCUUCCACAUCCUCAUCGGCAUCGACACCAUCAAGUACCUCAUCAUCAUCGUCAGUGUCGACAUCAUCAAGUGUUUCAACAUCUUCAUCAAUAUCGACGUCAUCAAGCAUCUCAACAUCAUCAUCGGCAUCAACUUCAUCCAGUGCUUCGACAUCUUCAUCAGUGUCGACGUCGUCGAGUGUGUCCACGCCAACCACAACAAGGUACGAUCUGAAUAUAUCAACUAUUGUCUUUGAGUUAUACUUUUCUUUACUUAAGCGUUGACAAUUCAGUAUGGUUGUAAGAAAGCAGACUAAACUGAUCUACAUACGGGACUAAAAAAGUAGAUUUCAUGCCUCAUUCGUUUCACAAGAGGUGCAAAUACAGAGGUUAUAUUAGCCAACCUGCUUCAUGAUAGAAAUGGCUAUCAUCUACAACCUAGUAAUGAUUGAAUAUUACCCCUAAACAUUGAUAAUGAGUUUCCAAUAUCUUUAUAUAAUUAUAUUUGUAGUGAGACUUAUACAACGUCCUCGAGUGUGUCAACCUCCUCAAGGUUAGUAGUAUAUUGAGAGUAAAAUGCAUUUUCAGUGUUUUUAUCAUAAAGUUGCUAGAUAAACAAUAGUCAUACUUGAACAAAAUAACCUGUUGAUUGAUAAUUUACUGGUCAUAGAUCAAACACAUACUUCAUAUGCCUUUACCGCAAUCGAAUCUUUUAAUUUUCUUUAAGUGUGUCAACAUCAAGUUCAGCAUCAACGUCAUCGAGUGUGUCGACCUCGUCAAGGUAAGAAAUGACGAUUGUUUUACAUCGCCUUUUUUCAUAUAUACAUAGAGUGGUUAGUGGCUUUAUCUAUAUUUGGUUAAGUACAUUGCUUUGAACACUUUCUAUUAUUUUAUGUAACGCUUAUAAACUGCUAUGUUAUAGCCAUUUACAUCCUUGUUUUCAGCGUGUCAACGUCUAGUUCUUUGUCAUCAUCGGCGUCAACGUCCUCGAGUAUUUCAACACCAACCACGACCAGGUAUAGAUUAAACUUUUUUGGACGGGGAGACUUUUUGUUUAAAAACCUCCAGAGAUAUCAACAUUUCUCUUACAGGAAUAUCUAUAUCCUAGGCAAUGCAUUCAUCCCUCUGUAAAUCAUGUUUCAUCGUACUUUAGUAUUUCUACAUCAAAUUCUUCGUCCAGAUAGUCGUUGAUAUCUAGUUGAAAACUAAAAAUUCAUUUCAGUCGUUCAAGAAAAAAAUUUUUCAAUAGAGACUAUCAUCGAGUCGUUGAUGUGAUUAUAUAUUAGAUGUCAGGAGGGUUGCUGUUUUAUGUAACAGUAGUUGAUCUCUCCGUAGUGUCUCUACAUCAAGUUCUGUGUCGACGUCAUCGAGCAUUUCCACAUCAUCGUCUGUGUCAACAUCAUCAAGUGCUUCAACCUCGUCGUCAUUGUCGACAUCAUCAAGUGCUUCAGCCUCGUCGUCAUCGUCGACAUCAUCAAGUGCUUCAACCUCGUCGUCAUUGUCGACAUCCUCAAGUGCUUCCACAUCCUCAUCAGCAUCGACACCAUCAAGUACCUCAUCAUCAUCGUCAGUGUCGACAUCAUCAAGUGUUUCAACAUCUUCAUCAAUAUCGACGUCAUCGAGCAUUUCCACAUCAUCGUCUGUGUCAACAUCAUCAAGUGCUUCAACCUCGUCAUCAGUGUCGACAUCUUCGAGUUUAUCAACCUCGUCGUCAGCGUCGACAUCUUCGAGUGUAUCAACCUCGUCGUCAUUGUCGACAUCUUCGAGUGUAUCAACCUCAUCGUCAGUGUCGACAUCUUCGAGUGUAUCAACCUCCUCGUCAGUGUCGACAUCUUCGAGUUUAUCAACCUCCUCGUCAGUGUCGACAUCUUCGAGUGUAUCAACCUUGUCAAGGUAAUAUGGGCAUACUUUGACAUCAAUGCUUCAAUGCAAUAUAGCUAUUAAACACUUCUAUGCUUGUAUGUUUUCCGGCUAAUUUUGUUGCUUUCGCAGUUCGAUUUGAUUUUGUUGUUCACAUCUAAAGGGCUUAAAGAACUUUUGCAUAGAAGUGUUUUAUCAGAUAUGAAAGUUCGGAUAGUUUUUGGAACUAAUAAGAGAAUAAAAAAAUGCACAAAAUUUACGUGAGUAAUGAUUUUUCCUUUUAUAGUGUAUCCACCUCAAGUCCUCUCUCUACCCAGAAAUCUCAGACAGAAUCAAAGGUGUCAACGAGGUUUCCCUCAACGUACACUUUUUCGAAACCCUCCGAAACAGUUUUUUCAUUGUAUUCCAGGUGAGUUCACAAAGCACCUUCUAUUCUCACUCAACUCCAAUCACAACACGAAAAUCAUACAUUAGAGUCUUUAGUUUAUUAUGAUUAACGAUUGUAAAUAACAAGCUUUCAUUUAUUUGAUUGACUAAUUUUUUAUAUGAUAGUUACGUUCGUAGAAAAAAAGAAGGGUUUUUCUCUUCCAGGCUGUCAACUUUUUGACAAAUAUUUAGUAACGAAGAUGCAUAACUAUAGGAGGGUUGCUGUUUUAUGUAACAGUAGUUGAUCUCUCCAUAGUGUCUCUACAUCAAGUUCUGUGUCGACGUCAUCGAGCAUUUCCACAUCAUCGUCUGUGUCAACAUCAUCAAGUGCUUCAACCUCGUCGUCAUUAUCGACAUCAUCAAGUGCUUCAACCUCGUCGUCAUUGUCGACAUCCUCAAGUGCUUCCACAUCCUCAUCGGCAUCGACACCAUCAAGUACCUCAUCAUCAUCGUCAGUGUCGACAUCAUCAAGUGUUUCAACAUCUUCAUCAAAAUCGACGUCAUCAAGUAUCUCAACAUCAUCAUCGGCAUCAACUUCAUCCAGUGCUUCGACAUCUUCAUCAGUGUCGACGUCGUCGAGUGUGUCCACGCCAACCACAACAAGGUACGAUCUGAAUAUAUCAACUAUUGUCUUUUAGUUAUGCUUUUCUUUACUUAAACGUUGACAAUUCAGUAUGGUCGUAAGCGAUUAGACUAAAUUGGUCUGCAUACGGGACUAAAAAAGUAGAUUUUAUGCCUCAUUCAUUUCACAAGAGGUGCAACUACGGAGGUAUAUACAGCCAACCUGCUUCAUGAUAGAAAUGGCUAUCAUCUACAACCUGGUAAUGAUUGAAUAUUACCCAUAAACAUUGAUAAUGAGUUUCCAAUAUCUUUGUAUAAUUAUAUUUGUAGUGAGACUUAUACAACGUCCUCGAGUGUGUCAACCUCCUCAAGGUAAGUAGUAUGUUAAGAGUAAAAUGCAUUUUCAGUGUUUGAUCAUAAAGUCACCAGAUAAACAAUAGUCAUACUUGAACAAAAUAACCUGUUGAUUGAUAAUUUACUGAUCAUAGAUCAAAUCCAUACUUCAUAUACCUUUAGCGCAAUCGAAUCUUUUAAUUUUCUUUAAGUGUGUCAACAUCAAGUUCAGCAUCAACGUCAUCGAGUGUCUCGACCUCGUCAAGGUAAGAAAUGACGAUUGUUUUACAUCGCCUUUUUUCAUAUAUACAUAGAGUGGUUAGUGGCUUUAUCUAUAUUUGGUUAAGUACAUUGCUUUGAACACUUUCUAUUAUUUUACGUAACGCUUAUACACUGCUAUGUUAUAGCCAUUCACAUCCUUGUUUUCAGCGUGUCAACGUCUAGUUCUUUGUCAUCAUCGGCGUCAACGUCCUCGAGUAUUUCAACACCAACCACGACCGGGUAUAGAUUAAAUUUUCUUAGACGGGGGGACUCUUUUUUUAAAAACCUCCAGAGAUGUCAACAUUUCUUUUACAGGAAUAUAUAUAUCCUAGGCAAUGCAUUCAUCCCUCUGUAAAUCAUGUUUCAUCGUACUUUAGUAUUUCUACAUCAAAUUCUUCGUCCAGAUAGUCGUUGAUAUCUAGUUGAAAACUAAAAGUUCAUUUCAGUCGUUCAAGAAAAAAAUUUUACAAAAGAGACUAUCAUCGAGUCGUUGAUGUGAUUAUAUAUUAGAUGUCAGGAGGGUUGCUGUUUUAUGUAACAGUAGUUGAUCUCUCCAUAGUGUCUCUACAUCAAGUUCUGUGUCGACGUCAUCGAGCAUUUCCACAUCAUCGUCUGUGUCAACAUCAUCAAGUGCUUCAACCUCGUCGUCAUUGUCGACGUCAUCAAGUGCUUCAACCUCGUCCUCAUUGUCGACAUCCUCAAGUGCUUCCACAUCCUCAUCGGCAUCGACACCAUCAAGUACCUCAUUCUCAUCGUCCGUGUCGACAUCAUCAAGUGUUUCAACAUCUUCAUCAAAAUCGACGUCAUCAAGUAUCUCAACAUCAUCAUCGGCAUCAACUUCAUCCAGUGCUUCGACAUCUUCAUCAGUGUCGACGUCGUCGAGUGUGUCCACGCCAACCACAACAAGGUACGAUCUGAAUAUAUCAACUAUUGUCUUUUAGUUAUGCUUUUCUUUACUUAAACGUUGACAAUUCAGUAUGGUCGUAAGAAAGCAGACUAAAUGGAUCUACAUACGGGACUAAAAAAGUAGAUUUUAUGCCUCAUUCGUUUCACAAGAGGUGCAAAUACGGAGGAAAACAGCCAACCUGCUUCAUGAUGGAAAUGGCUAUCAUCUACAACCUAGUAAUGAUUGAAUAUUACCCAUAAACAUAUAUAAUGAGUUUCCAAUAUCUUUGUAUAAUUAUAUUUGUAGUGAGACUUAUACAACGUCCUCGAGUGUGUCAACCUCCUCAAGGUAAGUAGUAUGUUAAGAGUAAAAUGCAUUUUCAGUGUUUGAUCAUAAAGUCACCAGAUAAACAAUAGUUUUACUUGAACAAAAUAACCUGUUGAUUGAUAAUUUACUGAUCAUAGAUCAAAUCCAUACUUCAUAUACCUUUAGCGCAAUCGAAUCUUUUAAUUUUCUUUAAGUGUGUCAACAUCAAGUUCAGCAUCAACGUCAUCGAGUGUGUCGACCUCGUCAAGGUAAGAAGUGACGAUUGUUUUACAUCGCCUUUUUUCAUAUAUACAUAGAGUGGUUAGUGGCUUUAUCUGUAUUUGGUUAAGUACAUUGCUUUGAGCACUUUCUAUUAUUUUAUGUAACGCUUAUAAACUGCUAUGUUAUAGCCAUUUACAUCCUUGUUUUCAGCGUGUCAACGUCUAGUUCUUUGUCAUCAUCGGCGUCAACGUCCUCGAGUAUUUCAACACCAACCACGACCAGGUAUAGAUUAAAUUUUCUUAGACGGGGAGACUCUUUUUUUAAAAACCUCCAGAGAUGUCAACAUUUCUUUUACAGGAAUAUAUAUAUCCUAGGCAAUGCAUUCAUCCCUCUGUAAAUCAUGUUUCAUCGUACUUUAGUAUUUCUACAUCAAAUUCUUAGUCCAGAUAGUCGUUGAUAUCUAGUUGAAAACUAAAAGUUCAUUUCAGUCGUUCAAGAAAAAAAUUUUACAAAAGAGACUAUAAUCGAGUCGUUGAUGUGAUUAUAUAUUAGAUGUCAGGAGGGUUGCUGUUUUAUGUAACAGUAGUUGAUCUCUCCAUAGUGUCUCUACAUCAAGUUCUGUGUCGACGUCAUCGAGCAUUUCCACAUCAUCGUCUGUGUCAACAUCAUCAAGUGCUUCAACCUCGUCGUCAUUGUCGACAUCAUCAAGUGCUUCAACCUCGUCCUCAUUGUCGACAUCCUCAAGUGCCUCCACAUCCUCAUCGGCAUCGACACCAUCAAGUACCUCAUCCUCAUCGUCCGUGUCGACAUCAUCAAGUGUUUCAACAUCUUCAUCAAUAUCGACGUCAUCAAGUAUCUCAACAUCAUCAUCGGCAUCAACUUCAUCCAGUGCUUCGACAUCUUCAUCAGUGUCGACGUCGUCGAGUGUGUCCACGCCAACCACAACAAGGUACGAUUUGAAUAUAUCAACUAUUGUCUUUGAGUUAUACUUUUCUUUACUUAAGCGUUGACAAUUCAGUAUGGUUGAAAGAAAGCAGACUAAACUGAUCUACAUACGGGACUAAAAAAGUAGAUUUUAUGCCUCAUUCGUUUCACAAGAGGUGCAAAUACGGAGGUUAUAUUAGCCAACCUGCUUCAUGAUAGAAAUGGCUAUCAUCUACAACCUAGUAAUGAUUGAAUAUUACCCAUAAACAUUUAUAAUGAGUUUCCAAUAUCUUUGUAUAAUUAUAUUUGUAGUGAGACUUAUACAACGUCCUCGAGUGUGUCAACCUCCUCAAGGUAAGUAGUAUGUUAAGAGUAAAAUGCAUUUUCAGUGUUUGAUCAUAAAGUCUCUAGAUAAACAAUAGUCAUACUUGAACAAAAUAACCUGUUGAUUGAUAAUUUACUGAUCAUAGAUCAAACACAUACUUCAUAUACCUUUAGCGCAAUCGAAUCUUUUAAUUUUCUUUAAGUGUGUCAACAUCAAGUUCAGCAUCAACGUCAUCGAGUGUGUCGACCUCGUCAAGGUAAGAAGUGACGAUUGUUUUACAUCGCCUUUUUUCAUAUAUACAUAGAGUGGUUAGUGGCUUUAUCUAUAUUUGGUUAAGUACAUUGCUUUGAACACUUUCUAUUAUUUUAUGUAACGCUUAUAAACUGCUAUGUUAUAGCCAUUUACAUCCUUGUUUUCAGCGUGUCAACGUCUAGUUCUUUGUCAUCAUCGGCGUCAACGUCCUCGAGUAUUUCAACACCAACCACGACCAGGUAUAGAUUAAAUUUUCUUAGACGGGGAGACUCUUUUUUUAAAAACCUCCAGAGAUGUCAACAUUUCUUUUACAGGAAUAUAUAUAUCCUAGGCAAUGCAUUCAUCCCUCUGUAAAUCAUGUUUCAUCGUACUUUAGUAUUUCUACAUCAAAUUCUUAGUCCAGAUAGUCGUUGAUAUCUAGUUGAAAACUAAAAAUUCAUUUAUGUCGUUCAAGAAAGAAGUUUUACAAAAAAGACUAUCAUCGAGUCGUUGAUGUGAUUAUAUAUUAGAUGUCAGGAGGGUUGCUGUUUUAUGUAACAGUAGUUGAUCUUUCCAUAGUGUCUCUACAUCAAGUUCUGUGUCGACGUCAUCGAGCAUUUCCACAUCAUCAUCUGUGUCAACAUCAUCAAGUGCUUCAACCUCGUCGUCAUUGUCGACAUCAUCAAGUGCUUCAACCUCGUCCUCAUUGUCGACAUCCUCAAGUGCCUCCACAUCCUCAUCGGCAUCGACACCAUCAAGUACCUCAUCCUCAUCGUCCGUGUCGACAUCAUCAAGUGUUUCAACAUCUUCAUCAAUAUCGACGUCAUCAAGUAUCUCAACAUCAUCAUCGGCAUCAACUUCAUCCAGUGCUUCGACAUCUUCAUCAGUGUCGACGUCGUCGAGUGUGUCCACGCCAACCACAACAAGGUACGAUUUGAAUAUAUCAACUAUUGUCUUUGAGUUAUACUUUUCUUUACUUAAGCGUUGACAAUUCAGUAUGGUUGUAAGAAAGCAGACUAAAUGGAUCUACAUACGGGACUAAAAAAGUAGAUUUCAUGCCUCAUUCGUUUCACAAGAGGUGCAAAUACGGAGGUUAUAUUAGCCAACCUGCUUCAUGAUAGAAAUGGCUAUCAUCUACAACCUAGUAAUGAUUGAAUAUUACCCAUAAACAUUUAUAAUGAGUUUCCAAUAUCUUUAUAUAAUUAUAUUUGUAGUGAGACUUAUACAACGUCCUCGAGUGUGUCAACCUCCUCAAGGUUAGUAGUAUAUUGAGAGUAAAAUGCAUUUUCAGUGUUUUUAUCAUAAAGUUGCUAGAUAAACGAUAGUCAUACUUGAACAAAAUAACCUGUUCAUUGAUAAUUUACUGGUCAUAGAUCAAACACAUACUUCAUAUGCCUUUACCGCAAUCGAAUCUUUUAAUUUUCUUUAAGUGUGUCAACAUCAAGUUCAGCAUCAACGUCAUCGAGUGUGUCGACCUCGUCAAGGUAAGAAAUGACGAUUGUUUUACAUCGCCUUUUUUCAUAUAUACAUAGAGUGGUUAGUGGCUUUAUCUAUAUUUGGUUAGGUACAUUGCUUUGAACACUUUCUAUUAUUUUAUGUAACGCUUAUAAACUGCUAUGUUAUAGCCAUUUACAUCCUUGUUUUCAGCGUGUCAACGUCUAGUUCUUUGUCAUCAUCGGCGUCAACGUCCUCGAGUAUUUCAACACCAACCACGACCAGGUAUAGAUUAAACUUUUUCGGACGGGGAGACUUUUUGUUUAAAAACCUCCAGAGAUGUCAACAUUUCUUUUACAAGAAUAUCUAUAUCCUAGGCAAUGCAUUCAUCCCUCUGUAAAUCAUGUUUCAUCGUACUUUAGUAUUUCUACAUCAAAUUCUUAGUCCAGAUAGUCGUUGAUAUCUAGUUGAAAACUAAAAGUUCAUUUAAGUCGUUCAAGAAAAAAACUUUUCAAUAGAGACUAUCAUCGAGUCGUUGAUGUGAUUAUAUAUUAGAUGUCAGGAGGGUUGCUGUUUUAUGUAACAGUAGUUGAUCUCUCCGUAGUGUCUCUACAUCAAGUUCUGUGUCGACGUCAUCGAGCAUUUCCACAUCAUCGUCUGUGUCAACAUCAUCAAGUGCUUCAACCUCGUCGUCAUUGUCGACAUCAUCAAGUGCUUCAGCCUCGUCGUCAUCGUCGACAUCAUCAAGUGCUUCAACCUCGUCGUCAUUGUCGACAUCCUCAAGUGCUUCCACAUCCUCAUCAGCAUCGACACCAUCAAGUACCUCAUCAUCAUCGUCAGUGUCGACAUCAUCAAGUGUUUCAACAUCUUCAUCAAUAUCGACGUCAUCGGGCAUUUCCACAUCAUCGUCUGUGUCAACAUCAUCAAGUGCUUCAACCUCGUCAUCAGUGUCGACAUCUUCGAGUUUAUCAACCUCGUCGUCAGCGUCGACAUCUUCGAGUGUAUCAACCUCGUCGUCAUUGUCGACAUCUUCGAGUGUAUCAACCUCAUCGUCAGUGUCGACAUCUUCGAGUGUAUCAACCUCCUCGUCAGUGUCGACAUCUUCGAGUGUAUCAACCUCCUCGUCAGUGUCGACAUCUUCGAGUGUAUCAACCUUGUCAAGGUAAUAUGGGCAUACUUUGACAUCAAUGCUUCAAUGCAAUAUAGCUAUUUAAACACUUCUAUGCUUGUAUGUUUUCCGGCUAAUUUUGUUGCUUUCGCAGUUCGAUUUGAUUUUGUUGUUCACAUCUAAAGGGCUUAAAGAACUUUUGCAUAGAAGUGUUUUAUCAGAUAUGAAAGUUCGGAUAGUUUUUGGAACUAAUAAGAGAAUAAAAAAAUGCACAAAAUUUACGUGAGUAAUGAUUUUUCCUUUUAUAGUGUAUCCACCUCAAGUCCUCUCUCUACCCAGAAAUCUCAGACAGAAUCAAAGGUGUCAACGAGGUUUCCCUCAACGUACACUUUUUCGAAACCCUCCGAAACAGUUUUUUCAUUGUAUUCCAGGUGAGUUCACAAAGCACCUUCUAUUCUCACUCAACUCCAAUCACAACACGAAAAUCAUACAUUAGAGUCUUUAGUUUAUUAUGAUUAACGAUUGUAAAUAACAAGCUUUCAUUUAUUUGAUUGACUAAUUUUUUAUAUGAUAGUUACGUUCGUAGAAAAAAAGAAGGGUUUUUCUCUUCCAGGCUGUCAACUUUUUGACAAAUAUUUAGUAACGAAGAUGCAUAACUAUAGGAGGGUUGCUGUUUUAUGUAACAGUAGUUGAUCUCUCCAUAGUGUCUCUACAUCAAGUUCUGUGUCGACGUCAUCGAGCAUUUCCACAUCAUCGUCUGUGUCAACAUCAUCAAGUGCUUCAACCUCGUCGUCAUUAUCGACAUCAUCAAGUGCUUCAACCUCGUCGUCAUUGUCGACAUCCUCAAGUGCUUCCACAUCCUCAUCGGCAUCGACACCAUCAAGUACCUCAUCAUCAUCGUCAGUGUCGACAUCAUCAAGUGUUUCAACAUCUUCAUCAAAAUCGACGUCAUCAAGUAUCUCAACAUCAUCAUCGGCAUCAACUUCAUCCAGUGCUUCGACAUCUUCAUCAGUGUCGACGUCGUCGAGUGUGUCCACGCCAACCACAACAAGGUACGAUCUGAAUAUAUCAACUAUUGUCUUUUAGUUAUGCUUUUCUUUACUUAAACGUUGACAAUUCGGUAUGGUCGUAAGCGAUUAGACUAAAUUGGUCUGCAUACGGGACUAAAAAAGUAGAUUUCAUGCCUCAUUCGUUUCACAAGAGGUGCAAAUACGGAGGUAUAUACAGCCAACCUGCUUCAUGAUAGAAAUGGCUAUCAUCUACAACCUGGUAAUGAUUGAAUAUUACCCAUAAACAUUGAUAAUGAGUUUCCAAUAUCUUUGUAUAAUUAUAUUUGUAGUGAGACUUAUACAACGUCCUCGAGUGUGUCAACCUCCUCAAGGUAAGUAGUAUGUUAAGAGUAAAAUGCAUUUUCAGUGUUUGAUCAUAAAGUCACCAGAUAAACAAUAGUCAUACUUGAACAAAAUAACCUGUUGAUUGAUAAUUUACUGAUCAUAGAUCAAAUCCAUACUUCAUAUACCUUUAGCGCAAUCGAAUCUUUUAAUUUUCUUUAAGUGUGUCAACAUCAAGUUCAGCAUCAACGUCAUCGAGUGUGUCGACCUCGUCAAGGUAAGAAGUGACGAUUGUUUUACAUCGCCUUUUUUCAUAUAUACAUAGAGUGGUUAGUGGCUUUAUCUAUAUUUGGUUAAGUACAUUGCUUUGAACACUUUCUAUUAUUUUAUGUAACGCUUAUACACUGCUAUGUUAUAGCCAUUCACAUCCUUGUUUUCAGCGUGUCAACGUCUAGUUCUUUGUCAUCAUCGGCGUCAACGUCCUCGAGUAUUUCAACACCAACCACGACCAGGUAUAGAUUAAAUUUUCUUAGACGGGGAGACUCUUUUUUUAAAAACCUCCAGAGAUGUCAACAUUUCUUUUACAGGAAUAUAUAUAUCCUAGGCAAUGCAUUCAUCCCUCUGUAAAUCAUGUUUCAUCGUACUUUAGUAUUUCUACAUCAAAUUCUUCGUCCAGAUAGUCGUUGAUAUCUAGUUGAAAACUAAAAGUUCAUUUCAGUCGUUCAAGAAAAAAAUUUUACAAAAGAGACUAUCAUCGAGUCGUUGAUGUGAUUAUAUAUUAGAUGUCAGGAGGGUUGCUGUUUUAUGUAACAGUAGUUGAUCUCUCCAUAGUGUCUCUACAUCAAGUUCUGUGUCGACGUCAUCGAGCUUUUCCACAUCAUCGUCUGUGUCAACAUCAUCAAGUGCUUCAACCUCGUCGUCAUUGUCGACAUCAUCAAGUGCUUCAACCUCGUCCUCAUUGUCGACAUCCUCAAGUGCUUCCACAUCCUCAUCGGCAUCGACACCUUCAAGUACCUCAUCCUCAUCGUCCGUGUCGACAUCAUCAAGUGUUUCAACAUCUUCAUCAAAAUCGACGUCAUCAAGUAUCUCAACAUCAUCAUCGGCAUCAACUUCAUCCAGUGCUUCGACAUCUUCAUCAGUGUCGACGUCGUCGAGUGUGUCCACGCCAACCACAACAAGGUACGAUCUGAAUAUAUCAACUAUUGUCUUUUAGUUAUGCUUUUCUUUACUUAAACGUUGACAAUUCAGUAUGGUCGUAAGAAAGCAGACUAAAUGGAUCUACAUACGGGACUAAAAAAGUAGAUUUUAUGCCUCAUUCGUUUCACAAGAGGUGCAAAUACGGAGGUUAUAUUAGCCAACCUGCUUCAUGAUAGAAAUGGCUAUCAUCUACAACCUAGUAAUGAUUGAAUAUUACCCCUAAACAUUUAUAAUGAGUUUCCAAUAUCUUUGUAUAAUUAUAUUUGUAGUGAGACUUAUACAACGUCCUCGAGUGUGUCAACCUCCUCAAGGUAAGUAGUAUGUUAAGAGUAAAAUGCAUUUUCAGUGUUUGAUCAUAAAGUCUCUAGAUAAACAAUAGUCAUACUUGAACAAAAUAACCUGUUGAUUGAUAAUUUACUGAUCAUAGAUCAAAUCCAUACUUCAUAUACCUUUAGCGCAAUCGAAUCUUUUAAUUUUCUUUAAGUGUGUCAACAUCAAGUUCAGCAUCAACGUCAUCGAGUGUGUCGACCUCGUCAAGGUAAGAAAUGACGAUUGUUUUACAUCGCCUCUUUUCAUAUAUACAUAGAGUGGUUAGUGGCUUUAUCUAUAUUUGGUAAAGUACAUUGCUUUGAACACUUUCUAUUAUUUUAUGUAACGCUUAUACACUGCUAUGUUAUAGCCAUUCACAUCCUUGUUUUCAGCGCGUCAACGUCUAGUUCUUUGUCAUCAUCGGCGUCAACGUCCUCGAGUAUUUCAACACCAACCACGACCAGGUAUAGAUUAAAUUUUCUUAGACGGGGAGACUCUUUUUUUAAAAACCUCCAGAGAUGUCAACAUUUCUUUUACAGGAAUAUAUAUAUCCUAGGCAAUGCAUUCAUCCCUCUGUAAAUCAUGUUUCAUCGUACUUUAGUAUUUCUACAUCAAAUUCUUAGUCCAGAUAGUCGUUGAUAUCUAGUUGAAAACUAAAAAUUCAUUUAAGUCGUUCAAGAAAAAAAUUUUACAAAAGAGACUAUCAUCGAGUCGUUGAUGUGAUUAUAUAUUAGAUGUCAGGAGGGUUGCUGUUUUAUGUAACAGUAGUUGAUCUCUCCAUAGUGUCUCUACAUCAAGUUCUGUGUCGACGUCAUCGAGCAUUUCCACAUCAUCGUCUGUGUCAACAUCAUCAAGUGCUUCAACCUCGUCGUCAUUGUCGACAUCAUCAAGUGCUUCAACCUCGUCCUCAUUGUCGACAUCCUCAAGUGCCUCCACAUCCUCAUCGGCAUCGACACCAUCAAGUACCUCAUCCUCAUCGUCCGUGUCGACAUCAUCAAGUGUUUCAACAUCUUCAUCAAUAUCGACGUCAUCAAGUAUCUCAACAUCAUCAUCGGCAUCAACUUCAUCCAGUGCUUCGACAUCUUCAUCAGUGUCAACGUCGUCGAGUGUGUCCACGCCAACCACAACAAGGUACGAUCUGAAUAUAUCAACUAUUGUCUUUUAGUUAUGCUUUUCUUUACUUAAACGUUGACAAUUCAGUAUGGUCGUAAGAAAGCAGACUAAAUGGAUCUACAUACGGGACUAAAAAAGUAGAUUUUAUGCCUCAUUCGUUUCACAAGAGGUGCAAAUACAGAGGUUAUAUUAGCCAACCUGCUUCAUGAUAGAAAUGGCUAUCAUCUACAACCUAGUAAUGAUUGAAUAUUACCCCUAAACAUUUAUAAUGAGUUUCCAAUAUCUUUGUAUAAUUAUAUUUGUAGUGAGACUUAUACAACGUCCUCGAGUGUGUCAACCUCCUCAAGGUAAGUAGUAUGUUAAGAGUAAAAUGCAUUUUCAGUGUUUGAUCAUAAAGUCUCUAGAUAAACAAUAGUCAUACUUGAACAAAAUAACCUGUUGAUUGAUAAUUUACUGAUCAUAGAUCAAAUCCAUACUUCAUAUACCUUUAGCGCAAUCGAAUCUUUUAAUUUUCUUUAAGUGUGUCAACAUCAAGUUCAGCAUCAACGUCAUCGAGUGUGUCGACCUCGUCAAGGUAAGAAAUGACGAUUGUUUUACAUCGCCUCUUUUCAUAUAUACAUAGAGUGGUUAGUGGCUUUAUCUAUAUUUGGUUAAGUACAUUGCUUUGAACACUUUCUAUUAUUUUAUGUAACGCUUAUAAACUGCUAUGUUAUAGCCAUUUACAUCCUUGUUUUCAGCGUGUCAACGUCUAGUUCUUUGUCAUCAUCGGCGUCAACGUCCUCGAGUAUUUCAACACCAACCACGACCAGGUAUAGAUUAAAUUUUCUUAGACGGGGAGACUCUUUUUUUAAAAACCUCCAGAGAUGUCAACAUUUCUUUUACAGGAAUAUAUAUAUCCUAGGCAAUGCAUUCAUCCCUCUGUAAAUCAUGUUUCAUCGUACUUUAGUAUUUCUACAUCAAAUUCUUCGUCCAGAUAGUCGUUGAUAUCUAGUUGAAAACUAAAAGUUCAUUUAAGUCGUUCAAGAAAAAAAUUUUACAAAAGAGACUAUCAUCGAGUCGUUGAUGUGAUUAUAUAUUAGAUGUCAGGAGGGUUGCUGUUUUAUGUAACAGUAGUUGAUCUCUCCAUAGUGUCUCUACAUCAAGUUCUGUGUCGACGUCAUCGAGCAUUUCCAUAUCAUCGUCUGUGUCAACAUCAUCAAGUGCUUCAACCUCGUCGUCAUUGUCGACAUCAUCAAGUGCUUCAACCUCGUCCUCAUUGUCGACAUCCUCAAGUGCUUCCACAUCCUCAUCGGCAUCGACACCAUCAAGUACCUCAUCCUCAUCGUCCGUGUCGACAUCAUCAAGUGUUUCAACAUCUUCAUCAAAAUCGACGUCAUCAAGUAUCUCAACAUCAUCAUCGGCAUCAACUUCAUCCAGUGCUUCGACAUCUUCAUCAGUGUCGACGUCGUCGAGUGUGUCCACGCCAACCACAACAAGGUACGAUCUGAAUAUAUCAACUAUUGUCUUUUAGUUAUGCUUUUCUUUACUUAAACGUUGACAAUUCAGUAUGGUCGUAAGAAAGCAGACUAAAUGGAUCUACAUACGGGACUAAAAAAGUAGAUUUUAUGCCUCAUUCGUUUCACAAGAGGUGCAAAUACGGAGGAAAACAGCCAACCUGCUUCAUGAUAGAAAUGGCUAUCAUCUACAACCUAGUAAUGAUUGAAUAUUACCCCUAAACAUUUAUAAUGAGUUUCCAAUAUCUUUGUAUAAUUAUAUUUGUAGUGAGACUUAUACAACGUCCUCGAGUGUGUCAACCUCCUCAAGGUAAGUAGUAUGUUAAGAGUAAAAUGCAUUUUCAGUGUUUUGAUCAUAAAUUCACUAGAUAAACAAUAGUUAUACUUGAACAAAAUAACCUGUUGAUUUAUAAUUUACUGGUCAUAGAUCAAGUACAUACUUCAUAUGCCUUUAUCGCAAUCGAAUCUUUUAAUUUUCUUUAAGUGUGUCAACAUCAAGUUCAGCAUCGACAUCAUCAAGUGUGUCGACCUCGUCAAGGUAAGAAAUGACGAUUGUUUUCCAUUGCUUUUUAAAAUAUACAUAGAGUGGUUAGUGGCUUUAUCUAUGUUUGGUUAAGUACAUCCCUUUGAACUCUUUUUUUAUCGUUUUAUGUAAUGUUUAUACACUGCUAAAAUAUAGCCAUUUGUAUCAUUGUUUUCAGCGUGUCAACGUCUAGUUCUUUGUCAUCAUCGGCGUCAACGUCCUCCAGUAUUUCAACACCAACCACGACCAGGUAUAUAUAAAAUUUUUUAGACGGGGAGACUUUUUGUUUAAAAACCUCGAGAGAUGUCAACAUUUCUUUCACUGAAAAACGUAUCCUAGCCAAUGCAUUUAUCUCUCUGUUAAUCAAGUUUUAUUGUACUGUAGUAUUUCUACAUCAAAUUCUUGGCCCAAAUUGUUAUAGAUAUCAAGUUGAAAACUAAAAAUUCAUUACAGUAGUUAAAAAAAAAAAAUUCCAUACAAACUAUUGUUGAGUUGUUGAUGUGAUUAUGUAUCAGAUGUCAGGAGAGAUGCUGUUUUCUGUAACAGUAAUUGAUCUCUCCAUAGUGUCUCUACAUUAAGUUCUGUGUCGACGUCAUCGAGCAUUUCGACAUCAUCGUCUGUGUCAACAUCAUCAAGUGCUUCAACCUCGUCAUCAGUGUCGACGUCAUCGAGUGCCUCAACAUCGUCGUCUGCAUCAACAUCAUCAAGUGCUUCAACAUCGUCGUCAGCAUCAACAUCAUCAAGUGCUUCAUCAUCGUCGUCAGUGUCGACAUCAUCAAGCGCUUCAACUUCCUCUUCGGUAUCGACAUCAUCUAGCGCUUCAACAUCUUCAUCAAUUUCCACGUCAUCAAGUGCUUCAACGUCGUCAUCAAUUUCGACGUCAUCGAGCAUUUCGACAUCAUCAUCGGCAUCAACAUCAAAAUCUUCAAGUGCAUCAACGUCUUCGUCAGUGUCCACAUCAUCUUCUGUUUCGACACCAACUACUACCAGGUAUUUACUGAAUAGUUCCAUAAUUUGAGACAACUUACCAACAGCUUUGACUGAAAAGUACAUGGUCCAUUAUUAUUGAGUUGAUACCAUAUCAACUUCUAAACUAUGGGACUUUGAUAAGGUUUUAGUCGUGUUACUUAGAUACAGGUUAAUGUGAGUUAUUUAUCUCCUCUUUUCCUUUCAAUGAAGUGUGUCUACUUCAAGUUCAUCAAGUGUAUCAACUUCCUCAAGGUAUUAAGAAUUUGUGUACACGUGACUGCGCAUCAGUCACAGCUUUAGAUGGUCCUCUUUUCAAUUACUAGUUCAGUGGUGUUCUCAGCUGCGAGGAGCUCUUUAAUUCGAUUCUUCACAUUGCAAAUAUAUGAAUUUCAUAUAUCUAAAAUCAUUAUUCAUCACUUGGAUGGUUUAUUUGGAUCCAACAUAUUGAUCAGCUCCCAAUUGGCUCGUUCGCUCAAUUGGUAGAGCGCUGCACCGGUAUCGCAGAGGUCAUGGUUUCAAAUCCUGUACGGGCCUGAAUUUUUUUCAGGUCCUAUUUUCUACUACUAGUUCAGUAGUGUUCUUAGCUGUGAGGAGCUCUUAAAGUUGAUAUUUCAAGGGCGUUAUGAACACAAUCCUUUGUUUGCCUUUCCGACGAUUAAAAUCCUAAUUUUUUUCAGUGUGUCGACAUCAAGUUCUGCGUCAUCUUCGUCAAGUGUGUCAACCUCAUCAAGGUAACGAAGAACAUUGUGGUUUUGUAUUAUUUAAUUCAGUGCAAAUUUAAUCAGGGUCCAUCGUUCUUAUUAUCAGUCGUUUCAACACCAACUUGAUCAUUCCAUUCAUAUUCAUUGCAAUGCUUAUCAUAAUUAAAUGGUGUGAAUGUCUUUUUUUUGCCGAUGUCAUCGAGUGUUUAAACACCAUAUACGACCAGGUACGAAUGACAUUUUAUUUUAGGGGUAAUUUUUUUUCGGCCUUGACUUAGUAAUUACGAAAUCGAUAUAUUGACUUUUGUCCUUAGUUUUCUCUGAAAGUUUUUUUUUUUCGGUUUUCAGUUUCUCUACAACAAGUUCUGUAUCCACAUCAUCGUCAAUUUCAACAUCAAAAUGAAUUUAAUGCAACACACAAUCUUUUUAAAUUUUCAUUUUUUAAAGAAUAUAUAUGGUUUAUUUAAAACCGUUUUGAUUUUCAACACAAUGAACAUAGUAAAUAUUUGUUUAUCUCUACUUGUGUUAUCGUUGAGUUAGCUAUUGGUUACAGUUAUUUUUGCUGCUAAUCAGUCACACUUUGGCCUCUCAAACAAGAGUCUCAGUAUAUUUAUUCUAUGUUUUCUUAUUCGAUAGAUUUUAAAUCAACUAAUUAUUAUUUUCUGAAACAUCGCAAAACAUAUUUCAGUGUCUCUACAUCAAGUUCUGCGUCAACGUCAUCAAGUGCCUCAUCUUCGUCAUCCAUAUCGACAUCAUCAAGUGUUUCAACAUCGUCGUCAAUUUCUACAUUAUCAAGUAUUUCAACGUCAUCGUCCGCAUCAACAUCAUCAAGCGCUUCAACAUCAUCGUCAGUGUCAACAUCAUCAUCUGUUUCGACACCAACUACGACGAGGUACUGACUGAAUUUAUCUAGUUUGGAUUACAAAAGAUGCGCCCAUUUUGUCAGGGUUCAAGAGAGUUGAAAGAAAUAUUAUUCCACCAUUGUGCACAAUGUUGGCUUUUGGACUACCUGGUUUUUUAGCACACACAUUUUAAAAUCAAAAACAUUUCCUUUUGCAACAGUGGUUAACAAAGUACUUAAAAAUACCACUGCUCUUCAUUCUUGCUUUCAAUAAACCGGACUAUCACCGAGAGGGCAACCUUCCCUCGUUUAUAACUUUUAAGCAAAACUUAAAUUGUGAUUCAUAUAUUUGCAAUUUUCUAUUUCCUCAUUAGUGCAUCUACUUCAAGUUCUUCAAGCGUGUCAACUUCCUCAAGGUAUAAAAAAAAAUUCUUCAAUUCACAGAUAAGGUUAACAAAUUAGAAUAAACCAGAUCAUAACUGCAAAGACAACAAAUAGAAAAUUUCGCUCCAGUUUUUAAUUCUACUGAAUCUUGCAACUUUCUCUUAGUGUGUCAACAACAAGUUCAGCAUCAACAUCGUCGAGUGUGUCAACCUCGUCAAGGUAAAGUGGAACCUAGCUUUAAAUUUAUUUUCAAACUUAUCCAAAAUGGUCACUUAUUUUAUCGAAAGCUGGUUAAGUACAUUGUUUUGAAAAAAGAGUUUGUUUCUUAUCUUUUAAUUGUUUACACUGUUACCAUAACAUCGUAAGAGUGAACAUUCUCUUUCAUUAAUUCUGUCAUUUUUAGUGUGUCAACAUCUAGUUCUGUGUCAACAUCGUCCUCCGUGUCAACGUCAUCGAGUAUUUCAACACCCACAACGACCAGGUAUAAAUGAUAUUUUAAAGGUCAUAGGAUUCAUUGGAUAUCAGCAUUGUCUUAAUAAAAGAAUCGAUUUUAUCUUGUAGAGACAGUUAUCUCCUAAACAAGUGCAAUCAUAUUUUGGUACCUUUUCUUCCAGAUCCACGUCCACGUUUUCUUCGAUUUCAACCUUAUCCAGUUUGUCGCCUUUGUCGAGUUAAUUCAUUCAUAUAAAUUUGAAAUAUAGAAUUUUCUUGUUAUUCUUUACGAGACUUUUUCCCAAGUUCAGUUGUGGGAUGUGGAAAUGUGAUCCCAAAUUGAAUUUUACUAAUAUAAUUUUCUCACUAAAAUUUAUUGAUAUCGCUCUCUUAAGUGUCUCGACAUCCAGUUCUGUUUCAACGUCGUCAAGUAUUUCAACAUUGUCAUCGGUAUCAACAUCAUCAAGUGCUUCAACAUCGUCGUCAGUGUCUACAUCAUCAAGCGUUUCAACAUCCUCGUCAGUAUCGACAUCAUCAAGUGCUUCAACAUCAUCGUCUGGGUCGACCUCAACAAGCGCCUCAACAUCAUCAUCAGUGUCGACAUCAUCAAGCGCCUCAACCUCAUCAUCAGCAUCGACAUCGUCAAGUGCCUCAACUUCGUCGUCAGUAUCGACAUCAUCAAGUAUUUCAACAUCGUCGUCAAUUUCGACGUCAUCGAGCAUUUCGACAUCGUCAUCGGUAUCAACAUCAUCAAGCGCUUCGACAUCAUCGUCAGUGUCGAUAUCGUCAUCUGUUUCGACGCCAACUACAACGAGGUAUUUACCGCAUAUAUUCAAUUAAGACCUUUUAAUUUGUCAUAAUUUGAACCAAAAUUCUCACAAUUUGAAGUGAAAAUCUUAAUGCUUCAUUAUAAUUAAGCUCAUACCACACCCACUUUUAAACCAGGUUGUAAGCCUUACUAGUAUGACAUAUGAAUGUAUUCAUAUUUCAAAUUUUAUUGUAAUCGACAUAUGUAAAGAGUAUAGAAUUAUAGAUCCCAUUGUAAAUAGAUUUUAGCACUUGAAAUAGAAAUUAUUCAUCACGGUUGCAAGCCCCUCUAGUCUAUAUAAAAAUACGUGCCUUAUCAUAAUCGCUGGUAAAAAUACCAUGGUUUGUUAGGCAAAAUUUAUGAGACCUCUUUCAUGUGACAUUUUACAGCUUAGUGUGAAGAGAUGGCUGAUUUUUUUUGUGUUUCAGUGUGUCUACUUCAAGUUCAUCAAGUGUGUCAACCUCCUCAAGGUAUGAAGAAUUUUUAUAAGAAUUUUUUUGCAUCACACUCUUAUCUAAUUAUAGACAAAAAAGACUGAACUGAAAAACUCUUAACUCCCUUUCUGACGCUUGAAAUCUUUUAAUUCUCUUUUAGUGCGUCGACGUCAAGCUCUGCGUCAACCUCUUCAAGUGUGUCAACCUCAUCAAGGUAACGAAAAGGAUGUAAUGUAGCUAAGACACUUGUUACAUCUCUAGUGCACUCCUUUAUUCACCUUGAAGAUACAAAGAAAACUAAACGAAAUGAAUUAGAGCAAAUUGAAGCGAAGUAAAUCAAAUUAAAGCAGUUGCUACAAACAGAUCAAUUAAAAGUUCUUUCGAUUCAGAAAUCAAGAUUUAUCAAAAGAGAAAAUAAAGACAAAAGACAGCAAAUAAGGUCACUUGUGGUGAGAUCAGGAACAAUGAAAACUAUCAAAACAAUCGAAUGAUUUGAAAGAUUGAUUUGAAUGAAUGAAAUCAACAGUAGGGAAUAUCCACCAAACGUAUGAACAAAUUUAUGCAGGAAAAAGUAAAAUAAUGUCGAUGUCAAUCAUGCGUGCUAAACAAAAGGGCUAAAAGGAGAUUUGACAAAGGGAAAAAAGGGCGAAUUUUUAAUAUGAUGCGCUACACGAAUUUUUUGCGGGAAGAACAUCAUUGUUUUGAAUUAGAUUUUUAUGUAAACUGUAAAUGAUCGUUGUUUUUUAAUAGUUUUUGAAGGGCUCCUUUGAGUAUUGCCUCUUGAUUUCAAUAGUUUGGUAUUUUUAAGUAAAUGUGCAAAUUUGAGACAUUGAAUACCGUUCAGUGGCGUUUUAAGACGUAGUAUUGAUCUGUAAGCAUUUUAUUUUAAUGUUUGCAAGUUUCAUACUCUGCAAUUUCACUUGAAGUUCGUCUUCAACCUGAGAACUCUCCUUUCAGCUUUGCCUUUCCUUCACCACCCACCCCUUUUUAUCCCUUCCCAUUUUCUCUCGUUCUUUUCUCUCGUUUAGUGGUUUUGGCAAGCCGCUGAGGGUGGGAACAGCCAAGGUUUUACCUUCCUAAGGCUUAAGGCAGCUCUGUCUGUUCGGGCAGAUAACAGAUAUAUGAAUUAUCAUAAGUUAGACUUACUUUGCAAAUUUUUAUUGGUCAAGAGCAUACAGUCAAUAUACAGUAUCGUGUAAAGGUGACAUGAUAACCCAAUAUCUGUAGAUAUUCUGUCAUCGUGUCGAGUUCAAAGUUUCCAAGCGCCUCUUCCAUGUACUGCUCCUAUACUUUCAAAACUCGGAAAGGUGUGAUAUUCUUAAAAAAUGCAUCAUAAAACAAUUAUCAAAUCCGGUUUUUGUGUGAUAUCAUGGAUUAUUAAACCUCUAGCAUUUUUAUCUGCUUCCGCGGCCUUCCGGCUUCGGCAGAUAACGCAGGCUUCAUGAUUAUUCAUGAUAUCAUACUCAACCUCAUUCUAUGAUUGUCUUUUUCCCCAGUGCUUGGAUUAUGUUGGUUCAUAUGUGAAUACCACUUCAUGGCAGUAAAAUAUGUUACAUCCGUUAGUUAUUGAUUAACUCUACCCUAAUAGUGUAGAGAUGUGUACUUGUUUCGUAUUCCACAAUAUCAUUUAUGGUUCGCCUCAACCUGAGAGCUCGCCUUUGUUUUUUAAACACCCAUUGCCGCCCGUGGGCUGUAUCAGGGAGACAGCCUCAGUCUUACCUUCCCCUUGCUGCAGCUUUUCUUCUUCUGGCAUAAACUGAUUCAGCUUUUGUUUUCUUAAUACUUCUAACAACAUCUCUUGUGUGAUUUACAUUUCAAUCAGCGCUUCAACAUCUAGUUCUGCGUCAACAUCAUCAUCGUCGACGUCAUCCAGUGUUUCAACACCAACUACAACGAGGUAUGAAGGAUAUUUUUGACACAAUGUUUUUGGAUUUCUUAACGAGUCAAUUUUUUUCACAGCAUAACUUAACACUCGGACGUAUUUAUUUCAUCAAGAUGAUCCUAUCUAGUCUAGAGUUAAUAGUUGAGAAACACAUAUAUUGUAACUUUGUCUGUUGCUCUCGUUAAAUAUCGUUUUAUUUCUGGUGUUCAGUGUCUCUACAUCGACUUCUGCGUCUACGUCAUCGUCAAUUUCAACAUCGUCUAGUGCAUCCACUUCUUCAAGGUGUGUGUUGAUUUUAUUUCAAUUUUACUUUAGAAAAAUGAAGUAUAUUAUACAUAUUACCUUUAUUUUUUUACGAGAGAAAAAAAAAUUUCUGCCAUAAAGUAUCGUGGCUUUCCUUUUGGUUAGUCUUUAGCUGAUAAAAGGUAAUUAAUUUCCCGUUAAUACCCAAAGGCUCCUGUAAUCAUGGUGACGUUUUCAUUCAAAACAUUCCUAAAAAUUAUGAAACAUAUUAUAGUGUCUCGACGUCAAGUUCGGCGUCAACAUCAUCUAGUGCUUCGACAUCGUCGUCAGUUUCAACAUCGUCGAGCGCUUCAACAUCGUCUUCGGCAUCGACGUCGUCUAGUGCUUCAACAUCGUCUUCGGCAUCGACAUCGUCGAGUGCUUCAACAUCAUCAAGUGCUUCAACAUCGUCUUCGGCAUCGACGUCGUCAAGUGCUUCAACAUCGUCGUCAGCAUCGACAUCGUCGAGUGCUUCAACAUCAUCAAGUGCUUCAACAUCGUCGUCAGUGUCAACAUCAUCAAGUGCUUCGACAUCGUCUUCGACAUCGACGUCGUCGAGCGCUUCAACAUCGUCGUCGGCAUCGACAUCGUCGAGUGCUUCAACAUCAUCAAGUGCUUCAACAUCGUCAUCAGCAUCUACAUCGUCAAGUGCUUCAACAUCAUCGAGUGCUUCAACAUCGUCGUCAGUCUCGACAUCAUCUAGUGUCUCAACAUCCUCGUCAAUUUCGACCUCAUCAAGCAUUUCGACAUCAUCUUCGGUAUCAACUUCAUCAAGAACUUCAACAUCGUCAUCGGUGUCGACCUCAUCUUCUGUUUCGACACCAACUACAACAAGGUAUUCAUUACAUAGUUUCAUCCCAGGCGCCUUAAAAUUGUCUUUAGGUUAAGACAACAGCUUCAAUAUAACUCACUUUUAUUGGCGUGCGUAUGUUUCUAUCAUUUAUUACAUGGCUUUGGCUUGUGGCCAAUGUAACGUGCACUCUGAUUGGCUGAGAGCAAGUUGAGAGGAGCAUAAUACAGCACUAAUGCCAAGGGCCGAGUACAGAUAAUACAAAUUAAUAAGAGCAUAAAAUGUCAAACAAGUACCGCAGCGUCUUUUUGUGCAUUUUGAAACUGUGAGCCAUGAGAACUAUGAAGGCAGAUAAACUGCCAGAAGAAGUACAUUCAAUCCUAUACAAGUAGUUAAAAGUUUAGAAAAACUGCAAAGGUGUCGUGUUAAAUUAACCACGAGAUUGCGCUAGAAAGAAUAAGGUAAACAAAGGAGAACACAUUCAAGCUCGCGACUAAGAAAUACAAAUAUCGUUAAUAACUCACAUCGGAAAGCUGUCAGUGACAUGAUGACAAUCCACAAAAAUUUUUCCUUAAUAUAUCAUGUAAAGAAAUGGUUUUUGAUUUAAUGGCUGGUAACCUUGAGGGCACGAGGGAAGGACAAUCAAAGUUUGCCGAUUCGUAACUAAAGCAUGAAUCGCUUAGUGAAAACACCAUCAGCAGAUCUGUCAUGGAUCCUUAGCAGAACAUCCAAAAACUUGUAAUUUAUCAGAUUCCAUGAAUUCACAACAAUUGACUAAAGAUCAAAGCUCGUCACACAUGGUUUGGUGUUUCUCAUCGAUAGAUUCCCUCGCAAGUAAACGAGUUUUAAAUUAGCUGCCAGCAACAUCAGACGUAAGCAGCCGAGAGAAUAUUUGUUGGCAGCAGAAUUUCUGAUUUAGUUUAGAUAUUUAAAAGUCUUGUUAAGAUCAUAUAUGAAUCUCUCAGAAGGUGAAGAUAUAUUAUCGAAAGCAAAAGCAAACACUGACAGGGCUGUGCGUUUUAAGACAUUUUUAUUUCAUUUUAUCAAGAAUCCGUUCGUGUUUGGAGUACUUUGAAGCAAUUUUCUUUCAUUUAUGUUCGCAUUAACGUUACCUUAAUAAUCGCACCAAAUUUCUAUUUAAAUUUGGAACACCUCUAUACUAGAAUACUUUUUCAUGGCUGUGAGAAAAUGAAUGUGUGUUGUGGAAGGAACAUGUAAAGAAGUGGUGUCUUCCACGGGCUUGCGUUGAAAAAUUCGACCUGGGGUUUGAGUUCCGUACUGAAUAGGUAGAUGUGCGCAUCGUCAAAUGUGAAUUGAAGACUGCCUCUCAAAUACGUUUUUUGCCUUUUCUGUUUGUAAGUCAUAUGCUAUACAUUUUGAUAACCUUGACCACUAGCUCAUUACUGGAAAAUCUCAAACCUCUGCCAAGCCGCGUUGACCGAGUGACAGCGAGGUCAAUCUUGCAAAAUGUCAAAUUGAGAUUUUCUUAUAAUGACCGGUCGAGGUUAUUAAGUAGUUGAUAAUUAGUGGUUCCUACCAAGUUUUUAACUAGGUUGCAAGAUAUUUCCCUGCAACUAAAGCUACAUCAUAAUCGUCAGUUAGCCCGCAGAAAAAUAGAUCGUUCAUAACUUUUGAUAAAAUCUAAGUUGUGCUUUGUAUUUAUAGUUUGAAGUGAGAUCCUUAUCGAUAUCUUUAUUUCAGUGUGUCUACUUCAAGUUCAUCCAGUGUGUCAACUUCUUCAAGGUACUGAUUCGCAUAAUUUGGUUUAGUCAGGGUGCAUCAAGCACGUGUGUAUGGUUAUAGCAACAUGUUUUAAAAGCUAAUUGAUAAACUACAUUAGUCUAGACUUGAAACUAUGGAUGACAUCGAAGGUGCGUUCUGAUUGGUAACUCAAACUCUAAAUAUCCUCUGCCAUUUACCUCUGAACACCAGAAUUCGAACACAUUAUAAUUGUAAAACUUUUUGUUUUGCUACAUUAUCUUAUUGUUCAAGUAUAUUUUAGAACAACUAUUCAACGCAGUGUUGGUGGUUAGCGUUGGAUUUUCACUACGAAUUUUCGCCGCUCGGUAAAUAUAACUGCCUCCACUUCGGUGAAAAGUUGUUCAAUAUCUGCCUUUCCAACACUUGAAAUUCUUUCAUUUCUCUUCAAGCGUGUCGACCUCAAGUUCUGCGUCAACUUCGUCAAGUGUGUCAACAUCGUCAAGGUAGCGAAGAAUACGAUUGUUUUGCUUCACAUUUUUAUGAUAAAUUCGCAUGAUCCAUCUUUUAUUUAUUAAUCGUAAGAAUACCGUUUUGACCAUCGGCUUUAUUUCAUUUUAUUGUAUUUAUUGAACUAGGAGAUUGUGUCAAGUUCAUUUGUGUUUUUAUUUUUAUCAAUCAGUGCGUCAACUUCAAGUUCUGUGUCCACGUCAUCAUCGGUAUCGACAUCAUCAAGUGUUUCAACACCAACCACGACGAGGUAAAACGAUAUGUAAGAGGCCUUCUGUCUAGACUUCAAAGCUGUCCAAAGAAAAAAUUUCCACGGUUUAUCUCUUUCGUUUGAACCACGCCUUAAAAUUACUCAUCGAGAUGGAGGUGUUACCGAGAGCAACUCAAGCUUGAUGAGUGCUCUCCAAUCUUUUUGAGUGCUUCAUAUUUCGACGAAUGUGCACCUUAUCUGGGAAGCCAUUGUUUCAUAACAUUUUCUACACAGUUGAUAAUGUAUUCUUUUUUUAUCGAAUCAAUGUCUUUAAGAAACAAAUUAAAAGAUGAUUCUCCAAGGGCAAGUUCUGCUGAAACUAGGACAGUUAAAUAAUUACCAUAAAAAUGCUAUGGUUUUAGUCAGAUUGUCUUCAACAGAAAUCAAUAUUCUUGGGUAUUAGACCUCAAAGUCGAUAUGCAAAUUUUUAUUAAUCAGCGCGUCAACUUCAAGUUCUGUGUCUACGUCAUCAUCAGCAUCAACAUCGUCAAGUGCCUCAACAUCGUCGUCAUUAUCGACAUCAUCAAGUGCUUCAACGUCGUCGUCAGUAUCAACAUCAUCAAGUGCUUCAACAUCAUCGUCAGUGUCAACUUCAUCAAGUGUCUCUACGUCGUCGUCAAUUUCGACUUCAUCAAGUAUUUCGACAUCGUCGUCUGCAUCAACUUCAUCGAGCGCUUCAACAUCAUCAUCAGUGUCGACAUCAUCUUCUGUUUCAACACCAACUACGACAAGGUACACACUGCAUAAAUUUAGUUCAUUCUCGUGUAACAGAAUGGAUUUCAAAAUCUCAUAUCGUAGCAUUUUGAGACAAUAGCGAUACAACUAUAACUUUGACAGGUGUGUUUUUGUUUCUGUAAUAUCUUCUUUCAUAUCAGACAAGUUCUAAGCUAGGUUGCUAGCCAUUUCCCCGUAACCAAAAAAUAUUUAACGCUUCACCACAAUUUCUGAGAAACCCGUUAGACACCCUUAAAAUGGGUUUUUAAGCACUUACGUUUAAACUUUAAUUGUUCCUGUUGUUAUUUUAGUGUGUCUUCUUCAAGUUCAUCAAGUGUGUCAACUUCUUCAAGGUAUUUAGACUUUUUUUUCCAAGUUAAAGUGCACGAGACACAAUUAAAUCAACAUGUUGUGAAGACUUUAUAGAUAAAAUACUACAGUUGCUUUUACGACGCUUGAAAUCUGGUAAUUUUCUUGUAGUGUGUCGACAUCAAGUUCUGCAUCAACCUCAUCUAGUGUGUCAACAUCGUCGAGGUAUUAAAGAUCAUGUUCUUAUGUUGGAUCUCCAUGUUAACUGAAAAUGGUUUAUCGCGUCAUUUAUGAGUCGUAAGAAGAUCAGUUGGAUCAUUGCCAAUAUUUCAAGUUCAAUUUGUUCUGCAAAUGAUCCAUACUUUCAAUUACCUUUCGUAAGCGGAUUGUUGAAAUCGUCGCCUACGUUUUGGUUGUUUUUGGCUUUUUAUAUGUAAACUAUGACAAUAUUUUGGUAUGUUUUAUUAUCCAAUUAGUGCUUCAACUUCAAGCUCAGCAUCCACAUCAUCAUCGGUGUCGACCUCGUCUAUUGUUUCAACUCCGACAACAACGAGGUAUGAAUAUUAUUUUAAAACCUUAUUUCCGGACUGUUACAUUUAUCCAUUUUUUUCCUCGACUUAGUUAGGACUAAAAGUAAUAUAAGUACCCUUGAACUCAGCUCUCUGUAAAAGUUGCCUCGUCGGUUUUCAGUGUCUCUACUUAAAAAAAUCAUGUGUAUUCCGAUUAAUCUAUGCUGCCUUUUUCUCAGGGUAUUCACCUCAAAGUCUGUCUCGACGUCAUUUAAGCCUCAAACAGAAACAAAGGUAUCAACGAGGUUUCCCUCAUCGUACACUCUUUCGACAGCCUCCGGAACCGUUUUUACAUUGCCUUCUAGGUGAGUUGACGACUUACUUCCGUAGUUAGACAUAAAUUUGAUUACUUAGAUUCCAAAAAGUUACCUCCUCAGGACUAAAUAGGAAUAUAACAUGUUGACAGGCCCAAAACUCACUAGAAUCAAUAAAAACGUCUUAGAGCAGCUUUAACUUUGGAAUGAUUUUGUGGGUGAGCGAUAAUGUCAAAUAGUUUUCUCUUUAUUCCCAUUUUGAACACAUGUUUUCAAGGAUUCCCCCCUCGAACAUGCAGCUUUGUAUCUCUGCUGUUCAUUAGCAUUGGUGAGUUUUGUUUCCGUCACUCCGGUGAUAUUGAAAUUAAAGUCGUAUUCAUGCAAAAGGGAAGUCUUAAGACUUUCAAGGUUGUGGUUCAGACCAAGGACAUUGUUGUGGAAAAUUGAUGGGACUCAUUCAGUUGUGCCCUUUAACAACUUGAUUUUCAUUUGCCUUAAACUAAGUGGUAAGAAAUACCGACCGGGUAUUCUUCUAUUGACAGGAUUAUCAUUAGAAUUCAAACUAUAAUCUUAAGCUGUAUUUAAAAGGAAACAGAAAUAAGUCAAACAAACUACUAAGCAUGUCUUGCUCACGUUUAAAUUUCAGAAAUAUCGAGGAGGAAUUAUUAAAUUGGCCAUGCAUUUUAGCUAAAUCUCUUCCACAGCUAAAAUAUGUUAAGUGUUUGUUUAAAUGGAAUUUCUUUGGUUUUAGAACUACAUUUCAUUUAAAUGCUACACGUAAUGAUAUUAAGUUCUACUUACCCGCCAAGAUACACUAAAUCUGCUGGAGAGACAGAAAGUUUUCGCUCUCUCAGCUUGGAUAGGUCUUUAAGUGAUUAAGACUAAUGGGCACCGAUGAAUUUCUCUCAAGGAGAAGGAUUGCAUCUCCUAUCACUAUUUGUAAAUAUAUGCACUGUGCACUGUUUUACAGCCCAAAACAAAUGUCGUAAUUUGGGCGUCAGGUAACUAUAAAUCGUAAAUUUGUUGGAUCACAGGUGAAGAAUGAUGCCUCAAAUCACAGUAUUAAGUUGGCAAGCGUUACCUCUUAAAGUUUAAAACACUCCGAGCCAUCUUUUUUGAAAAUUUGCAAAUGAUAAGGUGUAGUUGUCUUUGGCCGCCAUUGUCGAUAGUGGCAUUCCGAAAUAGAAUCCUGUGAGAAAUGUCAAUGUUUGUGGCCAAGACAUCGACUCCAGGGCCAGAGAGCAACUUUCUUGAGCUGGUUUCUCUUCUUUAAUCUGUGGUACGCCAUCGAUCCUGAAGUUGUAUUGAUAACUACGAUGCAGUAUUUUACCAACAGCUUUGCUUAUCUUGUCUACAUUUGAUGUUAGCAAAAUCUAACCUUUAAGCAACUGUUAAAAGACAAAAUUGGCAUCGAGCAAGAAUUUUCAUUAUAGGUGAUUUUUGACUUAUUUGAACGUGAAAAUAAAUAGAAAAAAUAUAUUAGCACAUAAGCCACUUUGUAAAAUAUUGUAAUAAGCCAGUUGAUCAUUUCUUAUUCCUUUUGGCGGUCUCAUCUUACAGGUGUAAUUUAGCACGCUUGACACCUCUUAUACUAAGAGGUGACUUUAGGUGUAAACAUGUAGUACUUUUCAUCUUCCGCAAUGAAGUUGUGAUUAGAUAACUUAUGGGGCUAGCACGUAGCUCUUUCAGGGGUGGUACCUUGGGUGUGCCCUUUCUUCUCCGGGUUUUGUGUUUAUUCUGCUGUUAUGCAACAGCCUUCAAGGACUAUUUUCUCUUGAGACAUUAUUUCAAGUAUGAUUUUAAUUCUGUUAGUAAGUUUGUUAUGAUUUUCAUUUUGUCAAUCUUGUUUUUGUUUUACCCGAACUUGACCGUAAGACUGAGAGAUUGAAAUUAGAAAGACAUUUCAUAAAGCGUAAACAUCGCAAAGGUGUGAUUCGAUAGUUAAGUGUAAAGGCAUGACAAAGGUUAGAGAUUGACAGCUCCGUAAGUGUCACCUUUAUAAGCGGUGACCCACACUUUCCCAGAGAUCAGAGCUAGUCCCAGUUGUAAUAACUUGAGUAAUAAAAGAGAGAAUAAAAGAAAUAGUCAAAUAAACGACGACUGUCAGGAAAUUAUUUCUGAAAAAACGCUGCAUGGCCUUGGUAUUCAAUCAGGUGUUCCAUCUUUUUCUUAAUGAGUUCAAAUUUUGCUCUUAAGUUUCCGAGUCUUCUUCUCAAGUGUUCAUUUCAUUUUGAAGAGUUUUAACAUUUCUGUGUCCUUGUAUGCCAUAUUUGCAUAACUGAAGCGUUUUGAUAGAAUGACAAUUUUUUUGCUCAGAAAUUCAAUUUAUAAAUACUGAGCGCUCUCUGAAGCGUCUGCUAAGUACAAAAUGCUGUUUAUAGAAAGUUUGAUCCGAAAAAUUCAUCCAUGUUUUUAUUUUAGUGCACCUACUUCAAGUUCAUCAAGUGUGUCAACUACCUCAAGGUAUUUGAAAUUUGUUUUGAGGUUGAGGUGCAUCGAACUCAAAUUUAAUUGUAUUAAAAUGCUGUGAGGAUUUUAAAGAUUAACUACUUUGUUUCCCUUUCCGACAUUUUUAAAUUUUGUUGUAGUGUGUCGACAUCAAGUUCUGCAUCAACAUACAAGAAUAUGAUGGUUUUAUAUCAGAUCUUCAUGUUAAAUAAAAACAGUUGAUCGAGUCAUUUAUCAGUCGUAAGAGGACUAGUUGAAUCGUUGCCUCUAUUUUUAUUUUAUUGUAAUUCGCAAUUGAUGCAUAGUUUCAUUUGCCUGUGGUUAGUGGCUUGUGGCAAUUCUUGUUUUUGUUUCAAUUUUCUCUCUUUUUUUAUUGUAUAUAUAAAAUGUGACAUAUUUUGGUGUGUUUUACUCUCAAUUGGUGCUUCAACUUCAAGUUCUGCGUCAACAUCAUCAUCAUCGGCGUCAACGUCAUCGAGGGUUUCGACUCCAACAACAACCAGGUAUGAAUGAUGAUAUAUUUCAGACUAUGUUUCUGGAGGUGUCCAUUCUUUUGGUUCUCGACUUAAUUUAGACUCUGCGAAAAAGAGAUACCCAGACCCUUGUCCUUGUUCUUUAGUAAAAGUAGACUAGUCGGUUUUUAGUGUUUCUACUUCGAGUUCCGCGUCCACAUUUUUGUCAGUUUCAUCAUGUGUAUCCACUUCUUCAAGGUAAUUUUUGACGAUUUUUAUAUUAUUCGAAGAAUUCUAAUUCGAUGCAACACGUUACCUUUUUCUCAAAUUUCUUUGUAAGAGAAAAAUAUUUAUUUUAGGAUAAAUGUCAUUCUAAACGUGUGUUGACGCAAGUUUCACUUGUUAUUCAUUAUCUACUGCAUUAUUCUAUAUUGAUGGCUCCGAAGAAGCUAGAAAUUGUUUUAACGUCUAUAGUUCCAAGAGAAGCAAUUGAAGCUUUGUCUUUGAAAGUGAAGUUUGUUUUGAGAAUUUAAUUAAACCUUCAACAAAGUGAUUGUUUUCUGAAAAAAUGAUUAAUAUUUCUUUUUAGUGAGUCUACAUCAAGUUCUGCAUCAACAUCAUCAAGUGCUUCAACCUCUUCUUCUGUAUCGACAUCAUCAAGUGUUUCGACUUCGUCCUCAAUAUCAACUUCAUCAAGUGUAUCAACAUCGUCGUCAGUGUCGACAUCAUCAAGUGCUUCAACAUCGUCGAGCGCUUCAACAUCGUCGUCAGCGUCUACUUCAUCGAGCGUUUCAACAUCGUCGUCAAUUUCGACCUCAUCGAGCAUUUCAACAUCAACUUCUUCGUCAGUAUCGACAUCAUCAAGUGCUUCAACUUCGUCGUCAAUAUCAACUUCAUCAAGUGCAUCAUCUUCUGUCUCGACGCCAACUACAACAAGGUAUGCGCUUCAUAGACUCACUUCAAUCUCGUAUGGGACUUAA